GGGCUUUUGCAGCAGGCAGCAGCCAGGAGGAGCCGGAGCCGCCGCUGGGGAGCCAGGCUGCCCGAGAAGGGCCCCAGAGCGCAUGGAGAAGCCGCCGCGGAGGGCCCGGCGCGCCGGAGAUGGAGACGCCGCCGUCGGCUGCAGCGCGCUCCUCCUCUCGCUUCUGCUCCUUCUCCUUCUCCUGCUGGGUUGUGGGGCGGCGGCGGCGGCCGCCCAGGAGCUGAAUCCCCGCGGGAGGAACGUGUGCCCGGCGCCGGGGUAAGCAAGAGCGAGCCGUCGCGGGGAGAGAGGUCCGGGGCGCGCCAGCGAGACCUCCCUUGCCAAGUUUUUACGCGCGGGGAAUGGAGACGCGCGGAGAGGGCUCUGCUCCAUGGGGUGCGCUGGGGCGCUUCUGGGAAGCCACUUUCCCCCUACCCGCCUCGUUUGAAGCAGCCAAAGGCUUGGAUUUCGUUUCGUCUCGUGCGUCCGCGCCCUUGGAAGAGGCGCAGGGGCGCUAUUGUGUUAUGUUAGACAUUCAUUUGGGGCGCGGGUGUCUUCAGUAUGGCUCAGGGUUACUGCUUUUUCCUUUAUUACUGGGGCUGGGUGGAUAGAAUCCUGGUCCACCGGUGUGAUGCUGCACCAGAUCUGGCCCCCGGCCUUUCUAAGGAGAUAGGAUAUGCCUUCUAAUCCCUUCCGUACAUGAUGCCCGCUCCCCCAAACUUCCUGGAAGAGGGGGGUCUCUUUCUUCCACCCGUCCCGCAAGCUUCUCUCCCCCACCCCCAGCAACCAGAGGCUCUUGGCAUGCUACGUGUGUGGGAGGAGAGACAGGGCAGAGAAGAUGUCCCUUCUUGAACCAGAUGUGGAGAUUGAUGGAGGGCCUCCCGACUGCCAUUACGUCCCCCUUUAAAAAAAAAAAAAGUUUGCUGAGUUCUCCUUGCUGGGCUACGAGGCAGUGCUGGUGGCUUUUGGGACAGGUGGGUGACACACACCCCCUUCCCCAUCAUGUCAGCUGGGUUGUGUGCUCCUUUCCAAAGGGGGGGUGCAAACAAGGGGUCCAUAUCCCCUCCCUCCCUCAUGCUGGCUGGACAGGCUUUCUCCCCACUCCCACUGUCGUCCCGCGUGGAUUUCCUUCAGGCAUUUUCGAGAGCUUCCUCCCAAACCCCUUCCCUCGUCGCUUGGAGACCUCUCGUGCCUGCUUGAACCAAUUUCCUCUCGGGAGGGGGCAUCCCUCGAGAGUUGAGAGAAUCCCGUCUUUUAGGUAUGCGAUGGUCACUUUUAGGCUUGCUUGAAAGGAUGGGCGGGGGGGGGAGGUUAACUUGAAGCCCAUCCCCACCUCACUGGGAUUAAAGGGGGCCCUCGGGGUGGUGGGUGUUAAUUGAGACAGUCUAUUGGAACCCUGUAUUUAGGCUGUGGAUGAUGCCAGCAGCAGCACCAGCAGCAGCAACAGGCUCUCAUUGGAAGCCUCUGCUUUCCCCUAACCCUCCAGCAAAAACCGCUUUCCAGAGGAUUAACCCCAUCCUAUACUUAACGGUCUCAAGAUGUGGGGGUUUCGGUUCCCCCUUCCUCCCCCAUCUUGCCAAGGUAACCGCUUUACACACACACACACACACAGGGCACAUUGCCCACUGAGAGCCAUAUCGUGCCAGAGCUGCUCCCCCAAAUAAAAAUUAUGGCAACAGAAGCAAGAAACCAUUUCUGACAUUUCAGGGGAUCCCCUCCCUUUCUUGACAGGUACCCCCCAUUUUUUCCAUCAAAGAACAAAACGGCACGCCAAAAAAAGGGGGGAGAAACCCACCCGCCAUCCCCCUUCCAAGUGUAACUUAAAACCCGAUGGAAAGAGACGGUACAUCUGUUUUCGAUUUAAACUCUUGCAAACAAGCUCGCUUAGGCGAGAGGGCUUUGCAGGCUCUGCUGUGGAAUUUCUGGAUGAGGUUUCUCUCUCGCGCUUUUACCAUAACCGCCCCCCCCCAAAACACAGACAAACACACACCCCAGAAACGCUCUCUGGUCCUUGUUUUUCCUGACCGAGACAAAGUCUGUUUUGUGAUAAAAGGAAAAGCUGGUCAAAAUUCGAUGGGAGAGGGGCAGAAAUGUGGUUUAGCUUCUUCUUCUUCUUCUUCUUUUAGGGUAUUUGGGUGGGCGCCCUCCGAGGGGGGCUUCAUCAAACAGCGGGAUCCACAAAGCCAGAUUAACUGUAGCUGCUCACAGGCUGAAGGGCCCCAAAAGAUUCUCCCUACAGUUAAAGCACACAGACCCAAAAUAACCAUCGUUUACCCCUCACAGAGGGAUGUGGGUGGCACUAUGGGUUAAACCACAGAGCCUAGGACUUGCCAAUCAGAAGGUCGGCGGUUCGAAUCCCCGCCACGGGGUGAGCUCCCGUUGCCCGGUCCCUGCUCCUGCCCACCUAGAAGUUCAAAAGCACGUCAAAGUGCAAGUAGAUAAAUAGGUACCACUCCAACGGGAAGGUAAACAGCAUUUCCGUGCACUGCUCUGGUUUGCCAGAAGCGGCUUAGUCAUGCUGGCCACAUGACCCAGAAGCUGUACGCCGGCUCCCUCGGCCAAUAAAGCGAGAUGAGCGCCGCAAUCCCAGAGUUGGUCACGACUGGACCUAAUGGUCAGGGGUCCCUUUACCUUUACCCCUCACAGAGCUACAGUUCCCAGCGCGUUUAACAAACUACGGUUCCUGGGAUUCUUGCGAGAUGGCUGUUUUAAAUGUAUGGCAGCCCAAACCUCAAACCCCAGUAUCAAAAUUUGCCUCUAACUCUAGGGGAGAUCAGAAAGGAGCUUAUUUCAUUUAUCGUGUUUAAUUCUUGCCUAUUCAAGGAGCUCAAGGUGUACAUGGCUCUCCCUGCCCCUAUUUAAUCCCCAUAAGAACCCUGCGAGGUUGGAUAGGCUGAGAGGCAGUGACUGGCCUCAUACCCAGUGAGUUUGGUGGCUGAGUGAGGAUUUGAACCCUGCUUUCGCAGGUCUGACUCUCUAACUGCAGCACCACCCUGCCUCAACUUGAAACCUGUUAGUAGAUUUUCGUGUUUCUUUAGAGUGCCCAAACAUUCGGACUUCCAGUUGUUUAGCAGUAACGGCAACUGAGCUCUCCCCCUUGUUAAGCUGUCGAAAUGCAGAAUAUUUGGGGAGUGGGUUUUUGUAUGGAAAAGUGGAAGCUUUCCAUUCUGGUGCUCCAGACAAUUCAUGUGCUUAGAGCAGCUAUCCCAAAACCUGUUGCCUAACAAAUGUUUUACGGACUACAACUCCCAUCAGCCCCAGCCAGCAUGGCAGUGUGAUUCUGGGGCUGAUGGGAAUUGUAGGCCAGAACAUCUGGAGGGCAGUCUGGGUAGCCUUUGCUGGACAAAAAUGCUUUAAGCAGGCGGUGAAAAAAAAAGGACAGCAAAAUCUCCUUGCCUGAUAUCAAGAGGCAGAGAGUUCCAAUGUCUGGGUGCUAAAACACUAAAAGUCAUGGUAUGGGUAUUAUUUGGUGGCUGUAACAGUGCCAGUUUGGGUCCCAUUUAAAGGCAAUCUUCCUGAACUCUCUGAAAGGCUACACAAACCACUCUUUGAAAAGUCACACUAUAGUGCACUUUGCAGUACAGUUCUACAGCUGGAAAUGUGUUAUAUUCAGGUUAAAUUAUGCCCGUGUUUGUGAAGUUCACUUCCAAAUAAUCGCAUUAUGUUCAGGGAGAAAUGGCUGGCAAACAACGUGUAUUAUUAAGGGAAAAUUUGGACUGAAAAGUUGAUGGAUUUCCAUGAUAUAUUUUUUUAAAUUGCAAAUGGCUGAAGAAAUAUGGAGAGCUGAGGUUAAGAUUUGAGAAAGAGAAAAGACCAAAAAUUGACAAGAGUCAUCCAUCCCUGUGUGUUUGUGUGUGCACGCAGGUCUUUGGAUAAUGGCUCCAUUCAGAGAAAGAGCUCUGGGCUACACCCCCCUCCCCACAUUACAGCACAUGUUUGAUGAGAGGGCACUCAUCAGCCAGGGAGGUCUUGUGGAAGCUGGUCCCACAUACUCCCCUCCAAUUUCCUCUCAGUUUUCAGUAACCUUCCUGGAAGAGAGUGUUAUAGACUGUUAUUAUUAUUAUUAUUAUUAUUAUUAUUAUUUCUAUACCGCCCUAUACCUGAAGGUCUCAGGGCGGUCCAACCAGUUGAUUGCGGGCUGCACCUGGUCGACCGCGUGAUCUUCAGAAAAAAGCUCAACACCUCUGUUCUCCUCCCCCUAAAAAAAAGCUGUGGGAUAACACUUUUGAUGCAACAUCGUCUAACCUUCUGGCGGUUCCCUCGCUGCGAGAAGCCAAGUUACAGGGAACCAGGCAGAGGGCCUUCUCAGUAGUGGUGUCCUCCCUGUGGAACGCCCUCCCACCAGAUGUCAAAGAGAAAAACAACUACCAGACUUUUAGAAGACACCUGAAGGCAGCCCUGUUUAGGGAAGCUUUUAAUAUUUAAUAGACUGUUGUAUUUUAAUAUUCUGUUGGAAGCAGCCCAGAGUGGCGGGGAAACCCAGCCAGAUGGGCAGGGUAUAAAUAAUACAUCAUUAUUAUUAUUAUUAUUAUUAUUAUUAUUAUUAUUAUUUAUUACCUCCCUGCAAACAAAUCAGAAUGAUCACUCAGUAAAGAGCUAAUGGCACGUAUACUCUUUGCAAACGUUGUACAAGAAAAUCAGGAUGAAUGCUCAAUAAACGGGUCAUUUGGGAGCACCCUGCAAUCUCUUUCCUAGAUGAGUUAUUUUUGUGUUGUGUAGGAGUGUCUGCCUAGGACCUGGGAGACCAGGGUUCGAACUCCGCCACCACGCUCAUGGGGUGUGACCUUGGGGGCCAGCCACUGCCUCUCAGCCUGGCCUACCUCACAGAGUUGUUGCGAGGUGUUAAUUAGAAUCAUGGAGUUGGAAGGGAUCCUGAGGUUCAUCUAGUCCAACCCCCUGCAAUGAGACUGUCCCAUGCGGGGAUCAAACCUGCAACCGUGGCAUUGUCAACACCACGCUGUAACCAAUUAAGCUAUUAUCUGGGGGGUUUGCAGAGGGAAAGAACCAUGUGCACCACCUUGAAGUCCGUGGAGACAGAGGUGAGCUAUAAACACAACAGAUAAAUAAAUAAGUUGUGUUUUGCUUGUACAGUAUUUAAUAUGGUACAUACCAAGCCACCACUGAUGUGCUUGCUGCCAGUCUGUGUUGUGUGUUCAAUCCUGCAGUUCCAUAUCCUCCCAGAUGUGCCCCUCAGGAAUUCUGGAAGGCCAGGAGUGCUCCUUUUGGAUGGAAAAUAAUUUUCCAAAAUUUGGGGAAAAUCCAUUUUGUAAGUUCAUUAGGUAAAGGGUAAAGGGACCCCUGACCAUUAGGUCCAGUCACGGACAACUUUGGGGUUGCGGUGCUCAUCUUGCUUUAUUGGCCGAGGGAGCCGGCGUACAUCUUCCGGGUCACGUGGCCAGCAUGACUAAGCCGCUUCUGGUGAACCAGAGCAGUGCACGGAAGGGCCGUUUACCUUCCCGCUGGAGCGGUACCUAUUUAUCUACUUGCACUUUGAUGUGCUUUCGAACUGCUAGGUUGGCUGGAGCAGGGACCGAGCAAUGGGAGCUCACCCAGUUGCGGGGAUUCGAACUGCCGACCUUCUGAUCGGCAAGCCCAAGGCUCAGUGGUAUAGACCACAGAGCCACCCGCGUCCCAUGCGAAGUUCAUUAGUAGCAAUGAACAAAUGGCAGUUUCAAACACAGUACCAGCCUCCUUUCAUUUUAAUUUUCUUUAAAUCCUCAAGAGUUUUCACCUCCCCCUCUGUUUUCGGCAUCAGAGAGAGCUGUGAACACCAAGGGUUUAAAACAAUGGCAUAUUAGUCAAUCUUUCAUCUGUUUACUAAAUUCAACAUGCUGCAUGAGAUCUUUUUCUAAGGUGUCAGGAAAUCUUCCAAUGCAAAUUCAAAAAUUACUCUAUCUUAAUUUGCUUGGGAAUCCCCUCCCCCCCCACCCCCAAAUUCCCACACCACUUGCUUUUGGGUCAUCCACUUCUGUCCUGGUUCCCCUAAGAAUAUUUUUUCUGGGAUAGCAAAACAUCAUGGGGUCAGGAUGUGGGGCUCACCAUGUGAUUUUAAUAUAUACGUUCGAUGUUGAGUGGGAAAAUGCAGCCUGCGUAAUUCAAGAGGGAGCCAGUGACAUCAUUGUGGGCAUUAGCUGGCGGGAAUCUUGUCGCUUAACCAGCUUGAUGCCAGUUAUGUGAAAUGAGCAGUUCUUUAUAUCAGCAUUGUAAGAGGUUUAUUGGGGUGUGCACCCAGACACAAUCUGGGAAGGGGGUUUCACAUGACCUUUUUUGAGAUCUGGAAACAGCCCCUGGGACUGACUCGGAAUGCAGCAAAAAUUCAGUUUCAUUCCCAAUUAAAGGUGAAUUUCCCUUAUGCACAUUUAAGGAACAGGGUGGUUAUGGAGAUUAAAUGAGGACUAUAGCCUGGGAGAAGGGACGCGGGUGGCGCUGUGAGUUAAACCACAGAGCCUAGGACUGGGCGAUCAGAAGGUCGGCGGUUCGAAUCCCCGUGACGGGGUGAGCUCCUGUGGGCUUGCCAAUCAGAAGGUCGGCAGUUCGAAUCUCCGCAACUGGGUGAGCUCCCAUUGCUCGGUCCCUGCUCCAGCCAACCUAGCAGUUUGAAAGCACAUCAAAGUGCAAGUAGAUAAAUAGGUACCACUCUGGCGGGAAGGUAAACGGUGUUUCCGUGCGCUGCUCUGGUUCGCCAGAAGUGGCUCAGUCAUGCUGGCCACAUGACCUGGAAGCUGUACGCCGGCUCCCUCGGCCAAUAAAGCGAGAUGAGCGCCGCAACCCCAGAGUCAGUCACGACUGGACCUAAUGGUCAGGGGUCCCUUUACCUUUUAUAGCCUGGGAGACGAGGGUUCCAGCCCCCAAAUGCAGCAUAAAGAACCACAUCUGCUCCUCUGCCCCUGCUAUUUUAUUUGUUUACUGCAUUUAUAUCUCCUGGUUGGAGGAUCUGAACCCUUGGCUUCUCCCAGGUCCUAGUUUGACAUUCUUAAGCACUAGACUGCCCCUGGCUCAUGUGCGUUUGGCCCUUCACACCCCUGACAUGCGGCCCCCAUAAAGUCACCCUUGGGGGAGUGCGGCCCUUGGACUGGGGGGGGGGGAAGGUUACCUUUUUCCUCCCAUGCCGAGCCUUUUCUAACCCUCUCUCUUUCUCUGCCUACAGCUCUGCUGGAUUCGUCUGCUGCUCAGGAUGGAGGCAACAGGGCGAGGAAUGUUUGAUAGGUAAGAGCGAGCCUUCCCCCGCUUUUCUCCUCCAUCUCUAAGCAGGUUCAAGGCUGCCCGAAGGAAUAACCCCUUCCCUUUUCACCUUGAGGAGGGGAGUCCUUUCCCUUCCAUCUCCCAAGAGCCUCUAGGCAAUGGUCCCUUGGCAUGUACAGCUGCCUUCAGUUUGAUGCCCUCCUUCUUGAGGGUCCCCCGGAAGCCGCCUUGUCCCGAGUCAGAACAAAACAGAGAUGCCGUUCGCUUGUCUCCACCGAUAUCUCUCUCUCCCUCCCUCUCUCUCUCUCCAUCUACUUUGCCUGUUUCAUUUUCAUGCACCGUAUUUUUCGCUCCAUAAGACGCACUUUUUUCCUCCUAAAAAGUAAGGGGAAAUGUGUGUGCGUCUUAUGGAGCGAAUGCAGGCUGCGCAGCUAUCGCUGAAGCCAGCAGAGCAAGAGGGAGAGCUGCCCAGCUCCUCAUAUUGUGCUGCCUUCCCAGCGAAGCAAGAUGAGGGACGGAAGGGAGCCUUAUGGGCAGACAGACCGGCGGCUCCUUAGCCUGAUCCUCCCUCCUCCUUCCUCUUCCUCUUCUUUUCCCCACCUGCCUUGGGCUUCUCUCUAGCCUACCCGAGAGCCCGGCUGCCCCCUAAGCCGGCUGCCUGGCUCUAUUCCUCGCAAGCCCCUUGACGUGCUGGAAGCAGCAGCAGUGGCAGCCCCUGGCAAGGCACAGGAGGGCUCGAAUGCAUAGCGCAAGGAGAGGAGGUGCCUCAGAUUCAGAAGAUUUUUUUUCUUGUUUUCCUCCUCUAAAAACUAUGUGCGUCUUAUGGUCGGGUGCAUCUUAUAGAGCGAAAAAUACGGUAGUUCAUAUCAAGUGUGGGGAACUUUUGCCCCUCCAGGUAGGACUACAAUUCCCAUCAUCCUUGGCUACUGGAUCGUGCUUGCCAGGGCUGAUGGGAGCUAUGGGCCAAAGAAGAGCCUGUGUGAGGAACCCCUUGCUUUGGUCUGUCCUGAAUCUCCCAACAUUCAACUUCACUGGCUGCCCAUGACUUCUAGAGUCAGGAGAGAAUGAGAAAUGCUUUUCUCUGGUAGCUUUCUCCAUGCCAUGCAAAAUUUAACAAUCUUCUCUCAUGUCAACUCUUACUACUGCUCAGUAUCGUCUGCACGGACUGGCAGCAGCUCUCCUGGGUUUCAGAAUGCCUUUGCAAAUUUUCCGAUGGCUCUGUCUUUGCACAGCUUUGCUAUAGAGAAUUGGAAGCAGCCUGUAGCCUUGUGUUGGAUUGUCAUGCUGUUUAAUUGGGAUGUAAUGCCUUCCUACAAUGGGACGCGGGUGGCGCUGUGGGUUAAACCACAGAGUCUAGGGCUUGCCGAUCAGAAGGUCGGCGGUUCGAAUCCCUGUGACAGGGUGAGCUCCCGUUGCUCUGUCCCUGCUCCUGCCAACCUAGCAGUUCAAAAGCAUGUCAAAGUGCAAGUAGAUAAAUAAGUACCGCUCUAGCGGGAAGGUAAACGGCGUUUCCAUGCGCUGCUCUGGUUCACCAGAGGCGGCUUAGUCAUGCUGGCUACAUGACCCAGAAGCUGUACGCCGGCUCCCUCAGCCAAUAAAGCAAGAUGAGCGCUGCAACCCCAGAGUCGGCCACGACUGGACCUAAUGGUCAGGGGUCCCUUUACCUUUAAUGCCUUCCUACACACAGGCCGGUGAUCAUCAGUGUUCCUUUUCUAGAAAAAAGAGGUGCCAGAAUUCACCGUUAACACCUCCCUUGUUAUAUUUGCAAUGGUGCCCACCUGAGAGGUGCUGGAACUCAGUUCCGGCGAGUUCUGGCUGGGAGGGGGGGAAUUGGAUUGUAGCCAUGCCAUGAAGGUUGGGUUGGGCUUUGAAAUGCAGACUCUAGCAACUUGACGAAAACCCUGGGUGUGUCAGCUUUCAUUUCAAAAACUCAGCAUGUUUACAGUCCUCAUGGCCAGACAUGGCUUUAUUGCUCCAUUUCCCUCUUUCUCUCCUAACCCACGUUCUGCUUUUUGCCAUCAUCUAAAAAUGGCGACGUUCUGAUAUGGUUUUUUGGUAGAACGCCCAGCUUCACUAGGUGCCUAUGAGUUCAAGUGUUGCAAGACAGAGAGGAAAACUUUUCUCUAUCUCAGUGGUAUGCAGUGAAAUUUUUCACAGAGGAUCAGUGAGGGCCAGAGGCAGCAGCUUGUGAGGGGAUGUUGCUCGCAUGAGCAUCGCACCUCCCUCCCUAUGUGGGCAGAAGCUUCCCGGGCUUUGGGAAAGGAGGCGCUAUGCUUUAAUACUUACUGGAGACAUUUAGGGGAAUAGCCUAGUCCCCCUGAUCCACUAACCACACAAAACUGCUCCAUCUGUUUUCUCCAUGCCAUGUUUAAUCAAGUUAGUAGUCCUCAUGACUGCCCAGAGUUGCCUGGAAAUUUGAGGGCAUCACCUGGGAGAAGUCUCAGGAGACAGAUAGGUUGCAGAGGAAGCUUUUCGGUGGUUUACAUGGGGGGAGGGGCAGCUUCACUGCCCUGUAUUCUCUAGCUCCUUGCUUCUUACCCUGAUUGCUGGUAGAAAGUGGAUAAAUUUCACAUGAUUGGUGCAGUUUGAAGAAUUAGCUUUUCAUGCUGCAGAAUUUGAAUUUUGCCAGUGCGUGGCGUGGAGCCCUGGUUCUUGACCACCUGAGGGAACAAACGAGGAUAUGUGAGAGGCAGCGGUGGUGUAGUGGUUAGAGUGUCAGACCAGGACCUGGGAGUUCAUAUCCCCACUUGGCCAUGAAGCUCACUGGGCGACUUUGCGCCAGUCUCUGCCUCUUGGCCUAACCUACCUCACAGGGUUAUUGUGGGGGCUAAAUGAGGAGUGGGGAGGGGGGAGCCAGCAUACCACCUUGAGCUCCUGGGAGAAAAGAAGGUGAGAUACAAUUCCAUGUAUGCAAUUUAUUCAUGCAGUAAAUACAGUGGUACCUCAGAUUACAUACGCUUCAGGUUACAUACGCUUCAGGUUACAGACUCCACUAACCCAGAAAUAUUGCCUCAGCUUAAGAACUUUGCUUCAGGAUGAGAACAGAAAUUGUGCUCCGGCGGCGCAGCAGCAGCGGGAGGCCCCAUUAGCUAAAGUGGUGCUUCAGGCUAAGAACAGUUUCAGGUUAAGAACGGACCUCCGGAACGAAUUAAGUACUUAACCCAAGGUACCACUGUAAACAAAUCCCCCAAUACACCUUAUUUUAAAUCAGGCUCCUCCGAGGCAAGGCCAGUGGUGGUGUAGGGGUUUGAGUGUCGGACUAAGACCUGGGAGACCAGGGUUCGAAUCCUCCCACUUGGCUACGAAGCCUGUGAUCUCGGGGUCUAGUCGCUGCCUCUUGGGGUCAUUUUGGGGAUUAAAUGAGGAAGGGGAGCAGAUCCAGGUACGCCACUUUGAGCCACUUGGACAAAAGGGGUGGGUGGAAGUACAAUAAAUAAACAAAUGCCCCCUGAAUAGCCCGGGUACGGGGGAGCAGGGUCCGUCCCCCCCGUUCACUCUUAGCAGAGUUGUCGCUUGCCCAGGCAAAAAGCUGGAAGAAAGGAAGCAGCAGUUUCUCCACCGUUCCUUCACUGUUCUCUGUUGUCCGUAGCCAGAAGGUCCCCUCUCGGCGCUGGAACUUGGCAUCCCCAGGUUCCGGCUGGAAUCCUUUGUAGAACUCGGCCGAGCGGGGAGAGGGAGGCUGCACAAGUUCUCGGGACUUGGAGUCCCAAGGCGCUGCUGGGAAACUUGGAGGAGCUAUUUUUGGAGGCCUAGUAAAUCCGCCGCCGUUCCAGUUGGCUGAGGCCCCCCUUCUUUUCCUGUGGAGUAAUAUUUCUCGGUGCUGAUCAACAGCGGCCGCCUCCUGGCCUCGGGAGCAGCCAGCCUGUGUGUGUGUGUGUGUGUGUGUGUGCAUAUAUGUGUGUGCGUGCGCACGUGCAUCUGUGCAAUUGUCCAGCUCAGUGUUCAAAUCUCCAGGUCGGCAGCAGACCUGCUGUAAGCCGAGGGGCUUCUGCCUCCUCUGGUGAUGUUUGUUCGGGGCAGAAAAAAGAAAGGCCUUCACUCAGGGCAGAGCGAAACUAUGGGACGCCCUCCCACAGGAGGCAGAGAUGGGCAGCAACCUAGAUGGCUUUAAAAGAGAAUCUGACCAAUUAAUGGAGGAAAAGGCUAUUGAUGGGUACCAGCCACAAGGGCCGUGCUCUGCCUCCCCAGUUAGAGACAGCAAUGCUUCUGAAUACCAGCUGCUGGAAACCACAGGAGGAAAGAGUUUCUGUUGCACUCAGGUCCUGCUUGUGGGUUUCCCACAGACCUAUGGGACCUGUGAGAACAAGGUGCUGGACUAAGUGGAUAGCUCAGGAGGUUAGAGCUUGGUGCUGACAAUGCCAAGGUCGCAGGUUCGUUCCCCGUAAGGACAGCUGCAUUGCGGAGGGUUGGAUUAGAUGAUUCUCAGGGUCCCUUCCAACUCUACAAUUCUACGAUUCCUUUAUUUAUACAUACAUACAUACAUACAUACAUACAUACAUACAUACCGGUACAUGCAUACAUACAUACAUACCCUGCCCAUCUGGCUGGGUUUCCCAGCCACUCUGAGCAGCUUCCAACAGAAUAUUAAAAACAUGAGAAAAUAUCAAACAUAAAAAACUUCCCUAAACAGGGCUGCCUUCAGAUGUCUUCUAAAAGUCAGAUACAGUCAUACCUUGGGUUACAGACACUUCAGGUUGCGUUUUUUCAUGUUACGGACCGCCGAAACCCGGACGUACCAGAAGGGUUACUUCUGGGUUUCAGCUGCCGUGCAUGCGCAGAAGCGUCAAAUCGCAACCUGCGCGUGCGCAGACGUGCCACUGCAGGUUGCGAACACUGCGGGUUGCGAACGUGUAUCCUGCACGGAUCACGUUUGCAACUCAAGCAUCCACUGUAGUUUCCUUGAGGGUGGGUGCCACUACCGAGAAGGCCCUCUGCCUGGUUCCCUGUAACCUCACUUCUCACAGGGAGGGAACCACCAGAAGGCCCUUGGAGCUGGACCUCAGUGUCCAGGCUGAACGAUGGGGGUGGAGACUCUCCUUCAGGUAUACAAGGCCAAGGCCGUUUAGGGCUUUAAAGGUCAGCACCAACAGUUUGAAUUGUGCUCUGAAAUGUACUGGGAGCCAAUGUAGGUCUUUCAGGACCGGUGUUAUAUGGUCUUGGCAGCCACUCCCAGUCACCAGUCUAGCUGCCGUGGCUUGGUGGGCCAUUCGCCCAAUCCAGCAGGGUCUUCUGAUGGGGCAGAUAGGAGUUCUAGUCCAAAACAGCUGAAGGCUGGUUAAAAAAAAAAAAAAGGCUUAAGUUUUCACAAAUGAAAGGGGCAGCAGUCCCCAGAUGCUUGUGCCGUCACAAAUUGCUUAGUCCUUAAUGUGCCCCAGGACUCUUCUUUUUUGCCGCCCCCUCUGGAAACCGUUGCCACAAGGGAAAGCUAGCGAUGCUCCUCUGCAUUUUGCCUGUGUAUUUAAAAGGCUGAAUAACCAACUAAUACCUCACAGUUCUUCUGACUAACUCCCCCCUCCCUCAACUCCUCCUUUGCAUGUCUGUAGCGCCUUGGCCGGAUCCUACCCAAAGCACUUCCGCUGGGGCCAGAGUAGUGUCUCCACCGUCCAUGGGGUAAGUAAGUGCUUUGCCUGCCAUCUCACAGGUGUUGGGAACUGGGUGUUCUCUGGGUUUCUGUGGGGGUUUUUUAUUUUUAAAAAAUCUUCCUGUGUGCAUGCUAAACUCUUAGCCUGCUGCCGCCUAAUAAUGUCUCUGUGCUUUUCUAGAUUUCUUUCUGCUGUCCGUCUUUGGGCUUUCUGGAACCUUCUGCCUCCUUCCCAUGUGGGGACUGUGUACCUGUCAAUGUCCUUUCAGUGGUGGUUCCCAGGCGGGAAAAUGAGGCACUUUUCUCAGGGAUUAGUCUGGUUCUUAAGAAGCAAAGGCUUGAAUUGGAAACCUGAAGGAAGGAUGGUGUUCUCAGCAGCCUCUUCCAUUUGUAUUGGGGCAGGGGGGGUUGCCUCUGCCUGCAGUCUCCCGUCCCAUGAGUGACCUAGUCUGGAAAUCUUCAGUGUGCAGCCUGCUAAAGACCCAUGCCCUCAUGAAGGAAGGUUGAUGAUGCUGUAAGUGAACUAGCCCUACAACACAACCUUUUUAGGUUCCUGUCACCUGGCUGAGCAAUAGUAAACAGCGCCCCCAAAUUUCAACCACUUUCCAUUUUCGGUUUUUCUUCUGUAAACGAAACACAUCCCAAACAACCAUCCGAUUUCUACAAAUAGGGUGGUGUUUGUUUGCCUACCCCACUAUUAUUAACCUGUUGAGGUAAAAAAUAAAAAAGUCUUGUGUUUGGUUUUCAAAGUAACCCAGAGAAGCUAAAAACUCUCUAGCUUCUGACACACCCCACCUGGUUUUACUUGGAGCCAUUUUACCACCCCAAAGCCUAUUUUAUUUUUCGCUCAGGUUUUUUGUUUGUUUGUUUGCUUGCUUCAUAAAAUUGAUUCACUGCUUGAUAGUAAAAAAAGAAAUAAUGCCUCAAAGUGGUUUAUAAAACAGUCAUAUCUAGAAAAAAUUACAACCCUACUAUAACACUGACAAAAGUUAGAAUACCAAAUCAAAUUAAAAACCUUCCUCCAAAACUGUCCCUGUCACUCUCUUAGUUUGCAUUUUAAAACGCUGCAUUGUCUGCCCAAAGUGAGCUACCUUCUUUUAACCAAGAGUCAGAAGGAGGGACCCCAGGGGCCAUCUAGUCUGACCCCCUGCAUUUAUUCAUUGCAGUCCAUCUUUGCUAUUAUCUGCUGGAGUUUCUCCACAGAGACUCCAGCGUCAGGAAGACAGUCCUGUGCACACUUAUUCGGGAGCAAACCUCAAUUAACACAAUGUGACAUACUCCCAAGUAAACUUGUUUCUGGUAAUUAAUUCUCUCAGGAGCCCAGAGUGACCCAGACCCAGCCGCGCUAAUACGUUCUUGAAAACCUAGGCACUGCUAAUAGCAUUCUAAACACAGUUUAAAGCGCUAUUACGAAAGGUUUAAAGCCAUUCUCUCAAGGUUUGUCAGGAACAGUUUCUUGCAGACACCCAAUGCCUGAGUGAGCAGGAAUGUUUUAAAACGUCUCCUGAAUGCCAGUCCUGAGGGAGAUAGGCGCACCUCACCAGAAAGGGUGUUCCACACAGAGGGAGCCACCACUGAAAAGGUCUUGUCAGGGGGUCAGUGCCAACUGGGUAGCACCAACGAGGCCUCGCCUACCAAUCGUAGGGUCCAAGAUGGUUGAUAUUGGGGAAAGCACCCAUUUAGGUACUCAAGCCCCAAUUCAGUUAGGACUUGAUACGCUCGUACUAGGCCUUGAAUCGGGCCUGGUAGUUCAGCGGCAGCCAGUGCAGCCUUUUCAGGACUAGCGAUGCAUGUUCCCUUCAAGAAUAUGCACCAUUAUCCGCCCCAUUCUGCUCUAGCUGCAGCCUGCAGGCCGUCUUCAAGGGCAGCCCCACAUUCAACACAUUGCAGUAGUCAAGCAGAAGGUGACUAGCGCAUGGGCAGCUGAGGCCAGGCUAUGCCAGUGUAGGAAUGGUCAUAGCUGGCGAACCGGCAUCCUUUUCUGUAGGCAUUCCUUCAAGGUUUGUUUGGUGUGUUUCUUCCAAUUAGCUGCCUUUCAUCCCUCUCUGAACUGACACUCCAGCCAAGUUAGUCACCUGCUGACACCCGCUAGGGGGUCUCUGGCUUAGUGGCACCUCUGUUGGGUGCGCAAGGGUGGGGGAGAGGCUCCCACCCUCUUCGCACGGGUGUCCCGCCAGCCGUCAGUUCCACAUGUCCCCAUUUUCUCAAUUAUCCCCUCUCUUUCUCUCCCCCUCGUAGCUGCGUGCGAGGGGAACUUCACCUGCAAGGACAAUGAGGUCUGCGUGAGGCCCAACGAAUGCCGCUGCCGCCAUGGUUACUUUGGUGCCAACUGUGAAACCAGUGAGUACAGAGGACAGGGCCGUGUAGUGGUUACAGCGCCAUACUAGGACCCAGGAGAGGCUUGAAGGCCAGUCACUGCCUCUCAGCCUGAGCUGCCUCACAGGGUGGUUGGUGGGAAUUAAAUGAGGAGGGGAAGCUGUGUGUGUGUGUGUGUGUGUGUGUGUUUAAAUUGACAGUAUUUUUAGCACCUUUGUGGUUUUACUAAGCGGUCCACUGUAAACGGCUUAGAGGCCUUCUGUUCUGGUACAUGGUAUCUCAUUUUUGUUAAAUAUAAAAUAAAAGGGCUAUUCAGAGUUGACCUGUGACAUUUCAAUUCUUCAAGGUUGAAUAUGCAUAUACUGAACAUUUAAAAAUUGAAAUGACACAUACAGUCAUACCUCUUGUUGCGUUCGCUUCAUGUUGUGGAUUUUCGGGUUGCGGCAAACACUUCCGGGUUUCGCCGCAUACUCAAAAGCGUUCUGCACGCUUUGCGCAUGCAAAGAAGCGCUCCAGAACGGAUUGUGUCUGCAACUAGAGGUACCACUGUAUAUGAAGCCGUAUUCCAUAAUAUAUAUACAACAAAACCUUUAUGUUAAGGGCUGUAUUGAAUGUUUUAUAUUAUUAUCAUUAUCAUUGAUUUAUUAAUUGCCUUCUAAAUAAGACGAUUUAUGCAAUUCAGCCAGAUGGGUGGGUAUUAUUAUUAAUAUUAUUAUACUGUUCAUAAAAACACAACUACAUCAAAUAUAUUUUAAACAAGACUCUCCUACUGGGUGGUAGUCAUCCACGUUUUACGCAGAGUAGACCCAUUGAAAUUCACAGGCCUUGCUUAGUCAUGCCCAGUAUACAACGCACUGUACACACCUCUACAUUUACACCUGUUGCUCCGCCUACUUUGGCCUGUGGCCCUGCCCACCACAUCAUGUGGCCCUCAGAAGGAGCGAAUGCGGCCCUCGGUCUCGAUUUUUUUAAAAAAAAACAGGUUCCCGCUCCUCCAGCCCCUGCGCUAACCUUGUUGUCGUCAUCCUCCCCCAUCCCUCCCCCCCCCCACAGAGUGUCCCCGCCAGUUCUGGGGCCCCGACUGCAAGGAGAUGUGCCAGUGCCACCCCAAUGGGCAAUGUGAGGACGUGACGGGCCAGUGCACCUGCAACGCCAACCGCUGGGGGCCCAAGUGCGAGAACGCCUGCCUGUGCAAGCACGGCAAGUGCGACCAGAAGACCGGCAAAUGCACCUGCGAGCCCAACUGGUGGGGCCCCCAGUGCUCCAGCGCCUGCUACUGCAGCCUCAACUCCCAGUGCGACCAGCAGGUGGGCACCUGCAUCUGCCAGCCGGGCUGGUGGGGCCGCAGCUGCAACAACCAGUGCUCCUGCAACAACUCGCCCUGCGAGCAGUUCACGGGCCGGUGCCAGUGCCGGGGGCGCACCUUCGGCCCUCGCUGCGACCGCUACUGCCAGUGCCACAUGGGCAAGUGCAACCAGCUGGACGGGACCUGCACCUGCGAGCCGGGAUAUCGGGGAAAGUUCUGCAGGGAGCCCUGCCCGGCCGGAUUCUACGGGCAAGGCUGCCGGAGGAGGUAAGGCAGGGGGGCAGCGGUCAUAGAAUCAUAGAACCUUAGUAAAGGUAAAGGGACCCCUGACCAUUAGGUCCAGUCGUGGCCGACUUUGGGGUUGCGGUGCUCAUCUCGCUUUACUGGCCGAGGGAGCCGGCGUACAGCUUCCAGGUCAUGUGGCCAGCAUGACUAAGCCGCUUCUGGCAAACCAGAGCAGCGCACGGAAACGCCAUUUACCUUCCCUCCGGAGUGAUACCUAUUUAUCUACUUGCACUGGCAUGCUUUCGAACUGCUAGGUUGGCAGGAGCAGGGACUGAGCAACGGGAGCUCACCCCGUUGCAGGGAUUCGAACUGCCGACCUUCUGAUCAGCAAGUCCUAGGCUCUGUGGUUUAACCCACAGUGCCACCCGCGUCCCUCAUAGAACCUUAGGAGACCCCCAAAGAUCAUCUGGUCCAAUCCCCCAGCCAAGAGUCCCCUGCGAAACAUGUGUGGCGAAAUUGCAAAUCAUGCCUAGCGGAAACUCAUGCACCGAAAGGUGGAUCAGUGCUCUGGUUUUGUUAGCCGCUUUGAGACUCCUUAAGGGGAGUGAAAGGCGAGAUAUCAAGUCCAAACUCCUCCCCUUCUUCUUCUUCUUCUUCUACUACUACUAUUUAGCUUUCCUGUAAACUAGAAUGUGAGAAGAGCUUUGUACCUGGUUCAGGCCAAAAAGGUCCCAUCUUUUUUUCUCUUUUCUUUUUGAAAUAAUUUUCAUUUGAUUUUACAAACACAAAGUUAUAACAAUACCAAGUAGAUAACCAUACAUUGAGAUUUCUCUCACUCCUGACUUUCCCCCCUCCCCUCCGUGGGUCCAUCUUCAGCUACAUAUUGUUUCGCAAUCCAUAUAUUAAUAUCUCUCCAUAUUUGUCCACAGCAUUUGUUACAUUACAAGUGUUAUUAAAAUCCUGCUAAUGUUUUUAUCUGCUUACAGUGGCUUCCUAAAUAAGUUGCAAAUUUCCCCCACUCUUUCUUAAAGUUUUUGUCUUCUUGGUUUCUGAGCUUUCCAGUCAGUUUUGCCAUUUUGGGGUACCCCAACAGCUUAAUUUGCCAUUCCUCUCUGGUAGGGACUUCCAUCUCUAGGCUAGUAGCAUCCAUGCUGCUGUUGUCUCAUACAUAAAAAGUCUUUUUUGCUUUUUUGCCAUCUUGGUACCUACAAUUCCUAAUAUAAAAGCUUCUGGGUUUUGUUUUGUUUUGUUUUACAAAAGUUAUUUUAAACAUUUUUUUCAGUUCAUUAUAUAUCAUUUCCCAGAAUGCUUUUAUUACCUACACGGCCACCACAUGUGAUAAAAGGUACCUAUCUAGCCCAAUCUCUGGAAACUGUGGGUUUCCAUGUUCCUAAAUGCUUAGCUUUUUGAAGUGCACAGAACAAGUCCUCCUUGGCUCACCCCAUCCAUCUUCUCCAGAGCCACCCUAGGCCAGUGGUGGCCAAAGUUGGCCCUGUAGCUGUUUUGGGACUACAAUUCCCAUCAUCCCUGACCAUUGGUCCUGUUAGCUAGGGAUGAUGGGAGUUGUAGUUUCAAAGCAGCUGGAGGGUCAAGUUUGGCCAACACUGCCCUAGGAGAUCAUCUUCAGUGGCUGACUCACCGCCUUAAAUUCUGAUUGGCGCCCAUCAGUACUAAAAGGGGAGGCGUCUUCUCUGUAGCUAAAAAAACCCUCUCCUUUCAUGUUCAUUGGACAGUUCUAGGAUGCUAGAGGGUGGGACCCUGCUGCAGAAAUAGUAACAGGCCUUGCACCCCCUGUGACCCCAGCCUGCUACACUUGGGGAGGACCAGUUGCUUUGCAGGGCUUUGUUGAUCUCCUUCCUGACUGACCUGCCUCUCUGUGGCUUUUCCAGGUGUGGGCAAUGCAAGGAGCUUCAGCCCUGCACCAUUGCGGACGGGCGCUGCCUGGCAUGCGAAGCUGGCUGGAACGGCACCAAGUGCGACCAGAUCUGCUCGGCAGGCUUCUACGGGGAGGGCUGUGACCAGACCUGCCCUCCCUGCAAGGACGGCCACACCUGCAACCACAUCAACGGCAAGUGUUCCCACUGCAAUCCUGGCUGGAUCGGGGACAGGUGAGUCUAGCAAGGGAGUUUGGCAUGGGCUUGUCAAGGGCCCUUAGAGCACCAGGCUGUGAGUUGCCCUACCUCCAUCUUUAUUACCACAGUGCAGUGGUAGAGCAAUAACAAUAACAACAACAGUAAUAAUGAUCUCUGUGUUGACAUUUCCAUUCCACCUUCAGGAACAGACAUGGAAUUGUUACGUGUCAAAUGUCUGUUUACAUUCCAGCACAGUAUGCUGGGAACUUCUGUUGUGUGGAUAGCUUUUGCUUUUAGCUGUUCUCUCUGAGACGACAUGAGAGAGAGACGACAUGUUUCUUUGUCCUGAUUUAUGAUUAAUAAAUCUGUAGUUGUAGUAUGCUUCCACAAGCCUCACACCUAUUCUGUGUGCACAGUUCGAUCUGCUGAUUGUGUGCCCUGGCUGAAUAAGCCCAGGUUGCUGAUUUACGUUGGAGCAGAGGUGAUGGUCUUCGCAGCGGGACGGCUGGAAAGGAAUGGCUGGCCUCCCGGCCCUCUGCAUGCCAACACUCUGUACUUGCUUGCCUGAUGGUUAUGGCAGGCAGAUUUCAGGCUUGCCAAUUCUACUUUGUUUUAUAUUAGAUUUCCAACCUCUGAAACACCUGGUGCAAAAUGCAUAUUGUCAGAGGCAGGAUGGUUUUGAAUGCCAACUGUGGGGGGGGAGCAGGUUUGGGGUUUCCCGUUGAAGCAUCUGGUUGGCCCCUGUAAGAACAGGAAACUGGACUAGGUGGCCUGAUUCAGCAUAACCUUAAAAGACAGAGAGGAUUCAAGUGCAGAGUUGCUCUGAGCACAUUCUGAGCCCAACAAUUAGUUUUCAGUACCAAAGCUGGGUACUCAAGUGGAGAUACAAACGUCCACUCCUAGUUAGAGUUAAGAACAUAAAAAGAGUGUCAGGCCCAUCUAGUCCAUCAUACUGUUUGCACAGUAGCCAAGAAGGCAGGCAGGACCCAAGCCCAAGAACACUCUCCCUUCCAGCAUGCAGUUUCCAGUGACUGGUCUUCAGACGUAUUGCUGCCUCCAUGGUUGGAGCAUAACCGUCAUGGCUAAUAGCUAUCCAAAUUCGCCAUGAAUCUGUCCAUUCUUCUUUCAAAGCCACCCAACGUCACUGUGGGAGCGAGUUCCACGGUUUAACUACGUGCUGCACGGGGAGAAGUGCUUUCAAAAUAAAUAAAUAAAAAUCCAUCCUGAAUCUUCCGACGUUUGGUUCUCAAUUUCGGCAGCCCGAUUUAGGAAUAUAUAAAUGUUGCUGCUGCUGUUAUCAAGAGCUGGAAACACUUACUAAUCUACUGCAAUUCAGGCAGAGAUCUAACGGCAGAUCCUGAUCUGUUCUCCACCCGCUUGUGGUCAAGGCAAUGCACUGUUGGAGAUGGUAAUGUGAAAAAGCCGUGUCAGUAAGCUAAGAAGCAGAAGCAAAAAGCUGUGGUUUUUUUUAAAAAAGUUUUUAUUAAAUAUUUUUCGGAUACAAAACAAACAAACAAAUAAGGAAAAGUACACACAGUAUAGCACCUCCACGUUCAGAUCUUGGGUCUUUUUUACAAUCUGUUUACAUUUGGAAUGGGGCACUAUUGUCAUAGAUUUUGGGGGGAAAGAGAGAAGAGAGAGGGGGUUGGGGGAUGAUUAUCUGUUCAUUCUAUAGCAUAGUCUUUGUGCAGGGUUUUUAUGUCAGCGUCUCGUGGGUCGGUCCUUUAUUUAUAUAGUUAUCUUUUUAUUGGUGUUGUGAGAGAUUGGAGGGUCCAGGGUUUGCUUGGUUGUGUUUGGUUGGUUGCAGUAUGGCUUGUUUGUAUGUACCCACCCAUCUGGCAGGGUUUCUCCAGCCACUCUGGGCAGCUCCCAAUCAAAUAAUAAUAAUAAUAAUAAUAAUAAUAAAGUGACAAAACAUCAAACACUAAAAACUUCCGUAAAUAGGGCUGCCUUCAGAUGUCUUCUAAAAGUUGUAUAGUUAUUUAUCUCCUUGACAUCUGAUGGGAGGGCGUUCCACAGGCUGGGUGCCACUACCAAGAAGGCCCCCUGCCUGGUUCCCUGUAGCUUCACUUCUCGCAGUGAGAGAACAACCAGAAGGCCCUCAGCGCUGGACCUCAGUGUCUGGGCAGAAUGAUGGGGGUGGAGACGCUCCUUCAGGUAUACUGGACCAAGGCCGUUUAGGGCUUUAAAAGUCAGCACCAACACUUUGAAUUGCGCUCAGAAACGUACAACAGCUGUAGUGCUGAAAGCUGUUCUGAGAGUGGCUGUUUCUUCUUGUUGCCCCCCACUGCCCGCUCACCAUCUUGAACUUCCUCCAGGUGUGAGACGAAGUGUCGCAAUGGGACCUACGGCGAGAACUGCGCCUUUGUCUGCAACGACUGUUUCAAUGGCACGUGCGACUUCGAGUCGGGGCGCUGCCUCUGCCGGCCAGGCUUCCAAGGAAUUUGGUAAGUGACUCAGCACCCCAGUGCAGGGCCUCCAUCCUGCUCUUUUGAUUAUUCCUGUACAGACUUGCCUCCUGCUUCACAAAGAAGCAGCCUGGAUAGCUCAGUUGGUUGCAGCGUGGUGCUGAUAAUGCCAAGAUUGCAGGUUUGACCCCCAUUUUGGGACAGCUGCGUAUUCCUGCAUAGCAGGGGGUUGGACUAGAUGAUCCUCAGGAUCCUUUCCAACUCUUUGAAUCUGUGUACAAUAAGUUUAAAAUGCUAAAUAUUACAAAUUCAACUAAAUGAAGCACAGUGGUACCUUGGGUUACAGACGCUUCAGGUUACAGACGCUUCAGGUUACAGACUCCACUAACCCGGAAGUAGUACCUCAGGUUAAGAACUUUACCUCAGAAUGAGAACAGAAAUCUCACGGCGGCGGCAGGAGGCCCCAUUAGCUAAAGUGGUACCUCAGGUUAAGAACAGUUUCAGGUUAAGAAUGGACCUCCAGAACAAAUUAAGUUCUUAAACAGAGGUACCACUGUAAAAAAACAAAACAAAACAAAAAAAACCUUUCUACAAUUGUUCGGCUGAUAUUUCACAAAACAGUUAUCACUUAUUUGACACCAUUUAUGAAUUGCUUCUCAUAAGGUACGUCAAAGCAAUUUUGAAAGGAAAAGCCGUUCCAUGUAUGAGAACAUUGGCCGCUGCGAGAGAAGGAUGCUGGACUAAAUGGGCCACUGGCCUGAUCCUGCAGGCACUUCUGAUGCCUUUAUGUUCUUAAGUCUAUUCUGCCAGGUUUUGGUGUGGGUCAGGGGUAACCAGAAAAAAGUGAAAAGUUAAACAAAAAGCGCCCUAUAGAAUCAGUUGUGCUGCCAUUGGGCUUUUUCCUCCCAGGCCAUAAUAAUGUGUUUGUUUUGGGGGUUUUUUUAAAAAAAAAAUCUCGUGAUUUCCCCCCCCCCCAACAAACACCAACCCAGGGAAAGAAAUGAAAGUGUUUUCACAGUUGACCCUCUGCACUUUGCUUUCUUUCGCACUCAUUUAAAGAUGACUCGGAAGAGCAAAGUGUCCCCCAGAAAAUCACCGGUGCCGUUUUCUUAGUUUCUAGAGGAUAAGAGGAUAGAGGGACGCAGGUGGCGCUGUGGGUUAAACCACAGAGCCUAGGACUUGCCGAUCAGAAGGUCGGCGGUUCGAAUCCCUGUGACGGGGUGAGCUCCUGUUGCUCGGUCCCUGCUCCUGCCAACCUAGCAGUUCGAAAGCACAUCAAAGUGCAAGUAGAUAAAUAGGUACUGCUCCGGCGGGAAGGUAAACAGCGUUUCCGUGUGCUGCUCUGGUUCACCAGUAGCAGCUUAGUCAUGCUGGCCAGAUGACCCGGAAGCUGUACGCCGGCUCCCUCAGCCAAUAAAGCGAAAUGAGCAUCGCAACCCCAGAGUCGUCUGCGACUGGACCUAAUGGUUAGGGGUCCCUUUACCUUUUUAGAGGAUAAGAAAAGCUGUGCUGGAUCAAGCCAAUGCCCAUCUAGUCCAGCAUCCUUCUUCUUCUUUGGCGAUCACUCAUAGCCGAGUAAGAUUGUCUUCCAUUUUUUAAAAGUGAGUCCGUAAGUGACUGUGGAGGCCAAUUCUGGAUCCACACAUCCUUCCACAGUGGGGACAUAGGUUUCUGGGCAGGAGUUGAUCACGGUGAGGGUUUGCCAAGCGUGCCUUCCUCUUAGCACGUUUCUCCCUUGCAUCCUGAGUUUGAGCAUCUUCAAAACCCAUGACACCUUUGUUAAAGGCUGUUCUCCAAUUGGAGCGCUUGCAGGCCAGUGUUUCCCAGUUGUCAGUGUUUAUACUACAUUUCUUAAGAUUUGCCUUGAGAGAGUCUUUGAACCUCUUUUGCUGACCACCAGCAUUACGCUUACCAUUUUUAAGUUCGGAAGUAUUUCUGCAGAGUCAGAGCAUGGUCAUCAUGGUUAGUAGCCACUGAUAGCCCUAUCCUGCAAUCCUCUUUUAAAGCCAUCCAAGUUAGUGAGUGUCACUGCCUCCUGUAGCAGUGAGUUCCGCAGUUUAACUGUGCGCUGGAAACAUUGCAAAGUUGCAAAUUGCAAGUUUGCCCACUGAAUCCCAAGUCAUUUCCCAAUUAUAUAAAUCUUUUUAAAAGACAUUUUCAAAAACGGCAUCAUGUUCUUCCUCUCUGCCUCCAGAUCUGGAUUUCUCGUCUCCUGGGAAUUAAGGGAGAAACCAGCUUUUUAUUGCUGCUGCUGUUCUACCGAGAGCUGGCCUGAUUACAUUUGGCUGCUUAGUCUGUUUCCAAGGCUCAAUUUGGGCUCAGUGAACCAUACCAGGGUUUUUUUUUGGGGGGGGGGUAGUUCCACCGGGGCGUCUCGCUGUCUUCUUCCUUAACUCUGUUAGCACAGCCCACUCUGCAAGUUUUGCCUUCAGACCAUUACUCAUCACUUCCUCUGUCAGCUCCAAUCUGCAGCGGGGCCUUGCUUGCAUUUUUCCAUUUCUUGACAAAUACUUGGUAUAUUUUCAGCACAGCAAGCACUUCUCUCUGGAAGUGUAUAUGGGAACUCCCCCACUUUCUCAGAUCUUAGUAUAUGUGCCAAAAGUCAUCUGUCUGUCACCGGAUGAGAGCCGUUCCAUUUGUGGUUGUGCGAUGUUAAGAGUCCUCGUAUCCAGCACGUGCAAUUCUAGCGUUCGGGAGGAGCAUUGUUCAGUGGUUAGAGCAUCCGCUUUGCAUGCAGGAGAACCAGGGUUCAAUCCCCAAUGGCACCUCCAGGGAGGGCUGGGAGCACCCGCUGCUUGAAACCCUGGAGAGCCUCUGCCAGUCAGAGUUGGCGAUACUGAGGUAGAGGGACCAAUGAUGUGAAUCAGUAUAAGGCUGCCUUACACAGUGACGGGGAAGAUUUAUAUAAAGAAGGUCCCAGGUUAAGUCCCUGGCAUCUCCGGGUAUGGUUGGGCGAGAAUCCCUGCCUGGAGAGUGGCUGCCAGUCAGUGCUGACACUAGGCUAGAUGCUGAUGUUUGUUGCCCACAGCAGCCCUGGCAAACGGAGGAACCUGCGUGGCUUCAGAGCUGCGUCAGCAAAUGGAAAGCCCUGAGGAGGCUAAAAAUAAGAUUUGGUCAGGAGUUACUCAUCAGCUUGCUUGCUGGCUACUGAGAAUGACUGUGUGUUCAAACGGGCUCCGUGGUGUGAUUGUUUUGCAAGCGAAAGCUCUUCCUCUCUUCCUUUUGCGGUUCUCUCCUCUCCACCACGAAAGUUGGAAGCAGGGAUUUGUGCACAGCUUCCUUGGAAAGGAACACAGAGCAAAGUGUCCCGUUUGUCUGAAGAGGGCUCUUUGUUUCGAUUUGGGCUUUUUGUUGUUUUUCCAUCACAAAAAGCUAAAGGAUAGUUCACAGACCUCCUACGGAUGGUUUCAUUGCUUCCCGUCAUGCAGCCGUUGCACUGAACAGAAUUUGUGCCAAGCUGCUGUUUUGUUUAUUUAUUGAUCAGAAUUCAUAUAUAUAUUGCCCCUUUCUAGAACAAACAACAACAAUAACACAAGACCCUGGGGCUUACUCUCUUUCCUCUUAAAAUAAAGGGCAAUAUCCAUCUAAAUAGACCUGCUUCCAUUUUAGCUGAGCGUCCUUCUUCCGAUGACCCUCCAAAUUUGUUUUGGGUGUUCCUUCAACCCUCUGGAGCAGAUUUGGGGUGGCAAAGAGGGAGGAGAGGGAGAGGAACUUCUGUUGUGCAAGCAAAGAUCUUUGCACUAGUACAGUGUUUCCCAAACAUGAGUUUCCAGCUGUUUUUUGGACUACAGUUCCCAUCAUCCCUGACCACUGGUCUUGCUAGCUGGGGAUGUUGGGAGUUGUAGUCCAAAAAUAGCUGGAAACCCAAGUUUGGGAAAUACUGCGUUAGCAGCUCUAUUUAACUGGAUGCCUCCCCAAGAUUCUAGUCCUCAUGGUUCAGAAUAAAAACCUGGUUUAAAUGGGAACAUAAGAACCUGCCUUCUGCCAAAUCUGACCAUUGGUCCACCCAGCUCAGUUUUGUCCACACUGACUGGCAGCAGCUCUCCAUUCAGCACCAUGUUCUGAACUAUAGUUCCCAUCAACCCCGCACCAUACAGCCAUACUGGCUGGAGCUGAUGGGAGACAAAGUCCAGAACAUCCGGUGCGCGCCGGGUGAGCAAAGAUUGCUUUGUUUUUUAUAUAUAUAAACAUUUUAUUUGAUUUUACAACUACAAAAUUCCAACAAUAUCACAAUUACACUCAAAAUGCAAGAUUCUCUUGACUCUCAGACUCCCCCCCCCCCCAAUUCCCUCCAUGGAUCUUUAUGUUAUCCUUUUCAACUGCUUAUUAUCUCCUCCUCUAUUUUUUCAAUUUAUUAUCCAAAGCUUUUGUUAACGUUGCAAGUGUUGUUAAAAACCUGCUGAUGUUUUCAUUUGCUUACAGAUAAAAUGUAAAUUUUCCCCCGUUCUUUGUGAAAGCUUUCGUCCUCUUGAUUUCUGAUUCUUCCAGUCGUUUUUGCCAUUUCUGCAUAUUCCAGCAAUUUAGUUUGCCAUUCCUCUCUGGUAGGGACUUUGUCUUCUUUCCAUCCCUGGACUAAAAGCAUCCUUUUAGCCCACAGCAUAUCCUGCUUUGAAAACCACCUGGACUCCUGACCGUCACCACUUCUUGUGACAGCAGGUUCUGCAAAUAAAUUCCACGUUGUGCGAAGAAGUCCUUUAGAGCAGGCCUGCUUGCAGCUGCUCUGCGGGCCGUGAGUGGCCCCUACCCUUUUCUCUGCCAAGAGGCACGUGGCACCGGGGAGGCAGGGACCCUAGCCAGCAGGAGAGCUUUGGAUGUUCAAGAAGCAUGAAAAUCCCUGACAGAAUCUGAUGGCUGUGGAAUGGCAGCAGCUGCUCUCAUCUGACAUUCAGCCAGCAGCUUUGCAGCUUGGACCUUCCUUUAGCUGAAAUACAGAAUUGCAGAGCUGAAAGGAAACCCACGGGCCACACAGCCCAACCCCACACAAUGUGGCAAUCGCACCCUGGCAGGUGACCACCCAACCUUUUGUGAGAUGUUGCGCCAACCAGAUACAAUAAAGGAAUCGUAGCGAUAUGGGAAGCUGCUUUAUACUGAGUCAGAACCUUGAUCCCUAAAAACAUUGGAAGAGCCCACCAGGAUCACACCGGCGGCCCAACCAGCCCAGUAUCCUCUGCUCACAGUGGCCAGCCAGACACCCAUUAUGGGAAGCCCAAAAUCAGGACCUGAACACGAGGGCAGCCCCUUCCCCACUGCUGAUUCCCAGCAGCUGGCCUUCACACGCAACCUGCUCAAUACUGUCUGCACUGACGGACAGCACCUCUCCAGAAUGCCUUUUCAUUUUUUGUCAGCUGUCUUUGCAUAGCUUUGCUGUAGAGAAAGGGAGCAACCCGUGGCCUAGUGUUGAACUGACACACAUUUAAUUGGGAUGUAACCCGUUCCUACACACAGGCAGGUGAUCAUAGACUAUUAUUAUUAUUAUUAUUAUUAUUAUUAUUAUUAUUAUUAUGUUUGACAAAGUAAUAAUCAUACAUAAAUAAGAAUAAAAAUGCCCCACCACCACCAAGACCAUUCCAUUGUAACCAUCCAACCUCCCAAAAUUUCAACACCCCUUGCGAUGGUUUGACCCCUUUCUGUUUUAACAGUACAAAUUCUACAAACACCCUCCGUAUCUCCUCAAAAUCAUUUCUCCUGCUUAUUCCCCCCAUCUUACCUUAAUGGCACAUGUUGAUUUAUCAUCAAUAGCUAUAUCCCACACCUCUUCAUACCAUUCUUCCAUUUUAUAGUCUGCUUGCCCGUUCCACUUCCUAGCUAUCAUAAUUCGUGCAGCUGUCAAUAAAUUUGUGAGCAAGUCCUUCCUAGCCUACGAACCUUCCACCCCAUUGUAAAUUGAGAAUAAUGCUGCCUCUGGUCAGCUUUAGACAGGUGAUCAUAGACCUUGAAGGCUGGAUUGUGGCCUUAUCAGUUUUCUUUUCUGAAAUUCAGCAUGUUUCUAGUCCUCAUGGCCAGGCAUGGUCUUAUCAUUCCAAUUCCUUCUGUCUCUCCUAACCCUUAUUUUGUCUUUCAGCACCAGCUGGAAACGACGACAUUCCAAUAUGCUUUCCAUUAGGACACCCUUGGGUGAUUUAAUAGCCACCCCUGCUUCUGGAGGGGAGAGCAAAGGGUGACUUGCCUGCCUUCUUUCUCUCUUUUCCCCCACUCACCUGAUAAUUCCUUCCUCAGGUGUUGUGGGAAUGUUCAGGGAAGUAGGAGAGGAUAUAUUGUUUAACUUGAGCUAGCAAGUUCUAUAACUUAGCAGAGUUUUAACAUUCCCCUUUAAACACACAGUGGGUAGCUGGUUGCAAGCUAGUUUAAGCUUCUCAAUAUAGAUUCCUGAUAAGAUCCCUUAUUUCCCUAUUAAAAGAAUAAACACGCCACAAUCUUAUUUAAGGUAUAUAAAAGAAGUUUACUCACAUCAUCAUCAGUUCACAGUUGGAUCCCGGAAAGCAGAUUUAGUUACAGAUAUACAGUGGUACCUCGGGUUAAGAACUUAAUUCAUUCUGGAGGUCUGUUCUUAACCUGAAACUGUUCUUAACCUGAAGCACCACUUUAGCUAAUGGGGUCUCCUGCUGCUGCCGCGCCGCCGGAGGACGAUUUCUGUUCUCAUCCUGAAGCAAAAUUCUUAACCCGAGGUACUAUUUCUGGGUUAGCGGAGUCUGUAACCUGAAGCGUAUGUAACCUGAAGCGUAUGUAACCCGAGGUACCACUGUAUACAUGUGAGUCUAUCCCAUAUGGAGAUAGUCUCUUUGUCCUCUGAAAAAAGCUGCUCCAAUGAAGAGAGGAAGUCAAAGAGAGAGUGUGUGCUAUGUGCCUUGUGCUUUUGUUACCUGCACAGGUAAGGUCACGCCCACCUCUAGUCAUAUGCAAAAGGAAGUAUGUCCCAGCCCAGGAGGAAACAGGAAGUUUUCGACUGGCUGGAACAAACAUCCCCUUUGCAUGUCCACUCUAGGCAAACAAGGAAUCUUGUACUUGACUGCUACUUAUGUAUCACAUCCCACAGGUGUAACGUGACGUGCCAAACUGGUCACUAUGGAGUGAACUGUUCAGAAUCCUGCAAGUGCCACGAAGAUUCUUGCGACCCACUGACCGGAUCUUGCCACAUGGGUAAGUGGCUUGGGGGAACAGACAUCGCCAGCAUCCAUCAGCUGAGUCGAGUCCUGGGCUGCUAGUUCCGAACUGUUCCCAUUGGGAAAUUUGGAGUCUGCAGAGUUCUAUGGCAAGGCUCCCUCUGCAGGCUAACAGCUCGGGACUAGUUUCCUUCCUACCUAACUAGGGAUGAGAGAUAAAACUGAUUCCAUCUGCAUCCAAACUUAACUAAAUUCACCCUUUAUUUAAAAAAUAAUAAUAAUAGGUGAGUCGAAACACUACAAAUUUUUGCCCUUCUCUGAAUUUUGCAAUGCAGUUCUCCAGCCAAGUCGGAUAAAUGCAUAAGUUCGUGAAGGUGACACAGGAAAAUGCAUCAUAUUAGGGGGGACUGUUUUGACAAAAUAUGCACGUUAGGCAAUUUUGAGUCCAAAAAUGUACCGUAUUUUUCGCUCCAUAAGACGCACCGGACCAUAAGGCACACCUAGUUUUUAGAGGGGGAAAUCAAGAAAAAAAAUCUUUUUCUUUUUUUUUUGCGCGCAGUCUGUCCGAUUCUCCCAGAACUUCUGGGGCUGCCGGGGGAAGCCCGGGUUCCGCCCCCCCCCAGCCCCAAAGAGCAAAGAAGCCAAGACAGCGAGCAGGAUCCAUCCCGCUCGCUGUCCUGGCUUCUGCUAUAGCCGCGUGCAGCCUCUCCCAGCUGGAGAGGUUGCACACGGCUAAAGAAGCCAUAGCUGCGCACAGCCUCUCCUGGCCAGAGGGGGUGCGCGCGGCUAUGGCAAUUCCCCCACCUCCCGCAAAAGCCCGUAGGAGCCACGCACCCUUUAAGGAGUGCACGGCUCCUGCAGGUUUUUCUACGAGGAGGGAGAAAGGACUGACUGGCCGCGUCAGUCCCUUCUCCCUCCUGGAGAAAAGCCCGCAAGAGCCGUGCGGAGCUUGUGUGCGGCUCUUGGGGACUUUUCCUGCCUGCCUCCCCCCUGCAUUCUCUCCAUAAGACGCACACACAUUUCCCCUUACUUUUUAGGAGGGAAAAAGUGCGUCAUAAUGGAGCGAAAAAUACGGUAGUUUAAGUAGAAAGACAUUCUAAAAUGCUGUUGAAUUUGCAUGAGGACUUUCUUAUUAUUUAAAAAAAAAACUGAUGUGGAAAUGUGGAGAACUGAAUUUAAGAUUGAGAAACUGAAAGCAGUUGGAAUUAUAUGCCUGCCGAACCACUUAGAACUGCAGUGUCUGUUUUGCAUGUUCAAGGAGUUAAUCCUUUGGUGUGGCAGCACCUAUACUUUGGAACUCCCUGCCCCUUUACAAUCAGGUAGCUGCCAUCACUGUGUUAUUGUUUUUCAACGCCAAAAACCUAUUUUACUUAUUUCAGCAAGCCUACCUGGAUGUGUAAAGCUGACAUGCAUUUUAAUAGGUUAAUUUUAUUUUAUAAUGUCUAUAUAUUUUUUAAUAUGGGGGGGCUGUUGUUUCUGCUUAAUUUGUAACUCUGACUUUGAUCAAUCAUUUCAAUGCAUGUUCUAUUUCUGGGAACUGCUGAGAGUUGUUUUUUUUUACAAUGGAGCAAUGUACAAAUUCCAUUAAAUAAAAUAAAACAAGAGGGGGGGUGUUGUUUCUCUCCUGAUUCCAUUUCAGAGGCUAACCAGCGGAUGGGUGUCAUUGGAGCCGGUGCCCUCUUGGCCUUCCUCCUCCUCCUCCUCCUCUCCCUCCUGUGUUGCUGCUGCGUUUGCCGCAAGAAAGACCACUCCCGGGAGUAAGCAUCAGUGCUGGGAACCCUGAGCCCAUUGGCAGGGGGGCUACCAAGGCUGGGCAGGAGGGAGGGUGAUUGAGGGGGUCUGGUCUGCUUCUGCCUAAGGUGUCUGCAUUUGGGACUUUUCAGUUUAGAGAAAAGGUGAGCAAGAGGCCACAUGAUAAUGAAUAAAAUUGUACAUGGCAGGCGGAGAAAUGUUUUCCUCCCUCUCUCAUCACAAUAAUAAUAAUAAUAAUAGUAAUAAAUUUUAUUUAUAUCCCGCCCUCCCCAGCCGAAGCCGGGCUCAGGGUGGCUAACAACAAUAAAAUAGUACAACAUUCUAAAAUCAUUUCAUUAUAAAAGUAAUUCAAAUCCAAUUGAUGGCAACCAUUGGGCCAAAGUUCUGUGAAGAUUGCCAAAGGAGGGAGUCAGGCUGUGCCCUGACCAAAGGCCUGGUGGAACAGCUCUGUCUUGCAGGCCCUGCGGAAAGAUGUCAAGUCCCGCAGGGCCCUAGUCUCUUGCGACAGAGUGUUCCAUCAGAUCGGGGCCACAGCCGAAAAAGCCCUGGCUCUGGUUGAGGCGAGCCUAACCUCUCUGUGGCCUGGGACCUUCAGGAUGUUUUUGUUUGAAGACCGUAAGUUCCUCUGUGGGCCAUACCAGGAGAGGCGGUCCCGUAGGUACGAGGGUCCUAGGCCAUAUAGGGCUUUAAAGGUUAAAAAAAAACCUAGAAUUCGCGGAUGCCCAACAAAGCUGAAUGUUGGAAGAUUCAGGACAGAUAAAAUUUGAGUCCUUCGCGUAGCUUCUUAAAUUAUGGUACUCCCUGCCACUUGUAUUUUAAUGGUGAAUUUUGGGUAUAAUGGAGAUGCAAAAAGAUUUGGUUUAUUAUAAAAGAUGCAGGAGGAAAGGACUAACAACAGGACCCACAAAGGGGAAGAGGGAAGUCCAGGAGAUUCUGUGGAAUCUUGUUUUUUUUAUAUAUUGUAUGUUGAUAUGUGAUUGAAAAAUUUUAAUUUGCAAAAACCAAAUAAAUAAAUUUACAAAGAUAUGGUACUCCCUGCCACAGGAGGCAGUGAUGUCUGACAAAUUGGAAGGGUUUAAAAGAGGAUAGGAAGGAUUCACAUGUGAGAAGGCUGGAAGUAGUAUAGCCCCUUCUGCCACCUCAAGACUCUACUACUUCCUCAUUGUGCUUGCCCAUGUUGACCAGACACAGUGCCAGGAGAAUCAAAGAAUUGUAGACUUGGAGGAGCAUCUACUCCAAGCUUCUGCAAUGCAGAAAGAGGAGGCAACCCUAACAGAGGACAGUAAAGCAAAGUGAUGGGGGCCUUCGUCAUGCUACCCACCAGGACAACCCUGGUCCCAGUCCAUCUGCAUCCACGCUGUUAACUUCUGCCAGGAGUCUAACCCAAAAUGCACAUCUUCCCCUGCAGCUCAAACCAGGACCCACCCCAUAAGAAAUCCCCAAGGCGUCUUUGUGGGAGGUUCAGCCGCAUCAGCAUGAAACUUCCACGCAUCCCUCUUCGCCGCCAGAAGCUGCCAAAGGUUGUAGGUAAGUCCCAGCUCCGGUUGUCUCCCCCCCCCACAAGCUCCAUUAUUAUGUGUUCCCCACAUCUGUUAAGGGCCCCAUAGCUAACCAUGGUUUGCAGGUCUGACUGUGUGGCAUCACGAUCCCGGUGUAGACAAACGAAUGAUGAACAGGCGUGUGAGAUUCAGAAUUCUUGUCACGGUGACACAGAGGCUUAAACUAGGUUUGCAAAUGUGUCAGGAUCCAUUCUGACAGUUCAGUCAGCGCCCCUGUGUCGUGUCUUUGAAUGGCUAAGCCCAGCCUGGUAGAAUUAAUCAGGGGGGUUUUUUUGCAACAAACCACAGUGUGAAGCCAUGGUUUGCUGUUAUCUCACAAAACAUGGCUUGUUCCUAGCUACGAUUUUGUGUUAUGUCAGAGUACAUCGUCAGCCUUAACUGACUGUGGAGGGGGGGGGUUGGGGUUGUUGUUUUUUUGCUCCACCAAGAUACUCAAUCAAGCUACAGAGGCACAAGGCAAGAGGGUUUGGUAACAGAAACUAUGGCUGGUCUGCGAGGCGAUUGAUGGUUUGUUGGCUUGAACAAACCACAGUUGAGGCAGCCGUGUUUUAAAUAUGGGUGAGAAUACAACCAUAAAACAGGCUGCUUGGCACUGUGAUGUCAACGUGAUCACUAUGUGGUCCCUGAUUGGCUGGGAUUUUAGCAGUGAGGAAGCUCUUUCUAGAUUUUAUUGGGGAGGGGUUAAUGUCUACAAAGCAGCAGCAGACCAGGGAAACCAUGGCUUGCAAACAGGCAUGGGAAAUGUGCAAAAAAAAGGGGGAGGUAAUGGACCUCUCUGCUGCAGUCUUUGCUCCAAAUAUUAAACUUUGUGAAAUCUUUGGCUCAGCUCUGGUGGAAACAUGAUCCUGUCCCGUCUUUUAAGCAAUUUCAAGCUGGUCAGGAUUCUUUUGCACUCAGCUUUUCUGAGAGCUGCCUCCCCAUCCACCCCCCAUCUCGGUCAGGGGAGCACAGUGGUACAUCCCUGGCGCUGAAAAGCCUGCGGCUCAGAGCAGCAGCAACCAUUUCUCCACUGAAACGAUAACAAGCGCUGUGUUUACAGAAGCGCCGCUGGGCUGAGUCUCCCCCCCUCUUCUCUGAAUAGAGGCUCCUUCUGUGAAGCAGAGGCCCAGGCUGAAUGGGCCUGUGUUUCCCCAUUUCCUGGCACUUCCCUGCUGCUUGGGGCUUUUGUAUAAACGGGGCAGUGAGAGGCUCCCCUCUUGGCCUCUGCUGACUUUGGAGGCUGGAGCUGCUGACUGCUGCCUCUGCCGGAAUCAGCGAAGAGGACCCUGGGUUUGGACAGAGGCGCUUCUGGGUCAAUUCUGUAUCCAGGGCAGCUGUCUACCAGCUCCAUCUGAUAUGCCGGCUGAGACCCUACGUGCCUCCACAGUCUUGCCAGAGUGGUACAUGCUCGGGUUAUCUCCCACUUGGACUACUGCAAUGCACACUACAUGGGGCUUCCUUUGAAAGCAACUUGGAAACUACAACUAAUCCAGAAUGUGGCAGCUAGAUCAGUGACCGGGAGCAGCCACUGGAACCAUAUAACACCAGUCCUAAAGGAUCUACAUUGGCUCCCAGUAUGUUUCCAAGCACAAUUCAAAGUGCUGGUGCUGAGCUUUAAAGCCCUAAACGGGCUUGGCCCGGUAUACCUGAAGGAGCGUCUCCACCCCCAUCGUUCAGCCUGGACACUGAGGUCCAGUUCCAAGGGCCUUCUGGCAGUUCCCUCAUUGCGAGAAGCGAAGCUACAGGGAACCAGGCAGAGGGCCUUCUCGGUAGUGGCACCCGCCCUGUGGAAUGCUCUCCCAUCAGAUGUCAAGGAAAUAAAAAAAACUAUACAGUCCAACCCCCAACUAUACAGGGAACCAGGCAGAGGGACUUCUCGGUAGUGGCACCCGCCCUGUGGAAUGCCCUCCCAUCAGAUGUCAAGGAAAUAAAAAAAACUAUACAGUCCAACACCCAAGGCAGCCCUGUAUAGGGAAGCUUUUAAUGUUCGAUGUCUUACUGUGUUUUAAUUUCUUGGAAGCUGCCCAGAGAGGCUGGGGCAAUGAGUCAGAUGGAUAGCUUAUAAAUUUAUUAUUAUUAUUAUUAUUAUUAUUAUUAUUAUUAUUCCCAAAGGGGUGAAAGACCAUUUAUGCAAGAGCGGAUAGCCCAGCUCAGAGCAGCUCUGCUCCUCCCCGCCCCCUCUCCUCAAUGCUUUUUGCUGUCUGCUAAAUUAAACUAAACGGGACGCGGGUGGCACUGUAGGUUAAACCACAGAGCCUAGGGCUUGCCGAUCAGAAGGUUGGCGGUUCGAAUCCCCGCGACGGGGUGAGCUCCCGUUGCUCGGUCCCUGCUCCUGCCAACUUAGCAAUUUGAAAGCAUAUCAAAGUGCAAGUAGAUAAAUAGGUACCGCUCCGGCGGGAAGGUAAACAGCGUUUCCAUGCACUGCUCUGGUUCGCCAGAAGCGGCUUAGUCAUGCUGCCACAUGACCCGGAAGCUGUACGCUGGCUCCCUCGGCCGAUAAAGCGAGAUGCGCACCGCAACCCCAGAGUCGUCUGUGACUGGACUGGACUGGUCAGGGGUCCCUUUACCUUUACCUAAACUAAAGAAAAAGCAAUAGGAACAGUUCCACACUUCCUCCCAGCGUGUGUGAGACCCCCUAGAUGAGGAUGAAGAUGCAUGCAGGAAAACAGCAUCAGCACCAGGUGUGGGAAACUUCACCUCCUGGCUACCUGGCUGAGGUCGAGUUGGAAAAGGUUCAGGAAAGUUUGACCAAAACCAUCAAGGGAUGGAGCGAUUCCCCGGCGAGGAAAGCUUGCAGAGUUUGAGAGUUUUUAGCAUACAGCAGACACGUCCAACUCUCUAGAGACUGCGAUCUACUCCCAGUUCAGUGGUACCUCAGGUUACAGACGCUUCAGGUUACAGACUCCGCUAACCUAGAAAUAAUACCUUGGGUUAAGAAUUUUGUUUCAGGAUGAGAACAGAAAUUGCAUGGCGGUGGCAGCAGGAGGCCCCAUUAGCUAAAGUGGUACCUCAGGUUAAGAACAGUUUCAGGUUAAGAACAGACCUCCAGAAUGAAUUAAGUUAUUAACCUGAGGUACCACUGUAUAAUAAAACUGGCAAUGAUCUACCCAUUGUCAUUGCCAAGAGGGUUUUUUGGGGGGGAGACCAGAUUUGUUGAGCUUUUUAGGGGGGGAGCAUUGCCCAGAGUUGCUGAGCCUUUUAGGAAGGAUUGACAAGAGUGGUUGAGGUUUUGUUGUUGAGCUAUUUGCGGGGGUGGGAUUGCAUUAAAUCAAUCACUAAACAGUCCGACGCCCUCCCUCAUUCCCCCACUAUGCCACCGCCGCUGGGAAGACAAGUUUUCACAGCUGUAGCAGCGGCAGUGGGACAUAGAGCGGGGGUGGGGCACGGCAUGAUUGAUCAGGAGCAAACAGGCGAUAACUUUUCUUAAUCCAGCGAUGGACCUGGAGCACUCCGGCAAUCUACCUGUAGAUCGCGGACGGACGGUUGGACAUGUCUGGCGUAGAGGAAAAGUCAAGGGGUUGGACUUGAUGGCCCUUGGAGGUCCCUUCCAACUCUAGUCUUUAUGGUUCUGUGAUAGUCAUUUGCGCCUCCGGCAUCCCUUUGCCCCUCCUUGCCACACACGCACCCCCAGGGAAUCCCACUACCCCACAGGGGACGCGCCCACUUUGGAAAGCAGACAACCCACCCUCGCAGCCGAGACCCUGUGACAUGAAGAAGUCGAUUUGCAUUUGCUCGCUCUCUCCUGUCUGCGGACACCCUCUCGGAGGCUGCUCUUCCUUCCCGCGGCUUCGCUCGACUGCCAGAGGGGCUGUUAUUUCACUGGAAUGAAAUGCUUUGGUCACAGGCUCCUUUGUUUGCCUUGGCAUGCAGGCUUCGCCAUAUGUUCUUUUUAUCCAUCCCUGACUGCGGAGGGCUGAGGUCCCGCGCAGCUGUAGUCAAGGGCCGGGGGGGUGGGUUGCAGACUGGAGCCACUGGGAGACCAGGGCAAGCGGACCAUCUCUCCCACUCACCCCUUUUAGGUUUCCAUUUCUUCCCUCCCCACCCCUCCUUUCUUUCUGCAAAACUGGCACAGUUUUUAAGAAGCCAGCCCACGAUCUGCAGAAGGGGCCGUAGCAGCUCAGUAGCUGAGCGUCUGCUCUGCAUGCAGAAGGUUCCAGGUUCAGCCACCAGUGGCACCUCCAAUGUUCCCUGCCUGAAACCCAUGGAGAGCUGCUGCCAGUCAGUGUAGGCAAUAUUAAGCUAGAUAGAGCAACACAUUGUGGGUUUUCUGUGUGUUAGUGCUCCAAGCAAGGAGGCGCAGGAUCUUGCAUGCCUCCUGGGUGCCCAGAACCAGCACAUGAAUUACUUUUAUUAGUUCAUACAGCUACUUAUAAUAGAUUUAGGUUUCCGGACUUUUACCAUUAGGUAUCGUCAAGGCCAUUUUCUGAAAUGAGAUUACAGUGGUACCUCGGGUUAAGUACUUAAUUCGUUCCGGAGGUCCGUUCUUAACCUGAAACUGUUCUUAACCUGAAGCACCACUUUAGCUAAUGGGGCCUCCUGCUGCUGCCGCCACGCCGCCGGAGCAUGACUUCUGUUCUCAUCCUGAAGCAAAGUUCUUAACCCGAGGUACUAUUUCUGGGUUAGCGGAGUCUGUAACAUGAAGCGUAUGUAACCUGAAGCGAAUGUAACCCGAGGUACCACUGUACUUUUGUCCUGCCAUGGGAUGCAUCCAGAAAGGCACGCUCUUAUCCCGCUAGAAAGUCUCAACACAUUGACCAAAAGUUCUUUUUCAAAAUGGCGGAAAGGGCUGCCACAUCCCCUUGUUGGGAUGGAGCUGAGCAGCGCAGCCCAAGCAAGAUUAUUGCGUGAGAGAGCAACUUGCCUGCCUCUCCCUCUCACACACUAUGACCUCCUCUGUGUGCAACAACAGCCCUCCUGUGUUUGUCUCCAGCGUCUGGUGUUCCAAGAUAGACUGCCCUGGCACAUGGAGGUUUCACUGGGGGGAGGUGAUUAUCUCGUCGCUCGUAGCAAGCCAAAAAAAGCAUGAGCUGCAAGCACCUGGGAGCUUUAAAAAAAUGCCCUUCAAUGCAUAAACACCACCCACCUCCAGGCUCGCACAGGGUCUGCCCUGGAGUGCCCUUCCCAGAUCUUGUGCCCACUUGCCCUGGCUCUGUGAGGUAGAAGCAGACUCCUGAACAGGCCUAACCUUCCUGUUUGACGGCGAAGGAAGUCUCUGUUUAUGCAGUAGCUGAGGAAGUUGCUUGUUCUGCCCGGAGCGGGUCAGCUCUCCUGUGGCCUUCAAAGCUGCUUUUGAUCUGUUGGCGCUUUCACUAUGAAGGCCUUUCGGUUUCCCCAGGAGGAGGAAGGGAAGUGAGGAGGAGAAGGAGGUGGUGGGUUGCCCGACAGCUCCUCCUCCUCCUCCCCUGAGCAGGAAAUGGAAGAUGGUGCCAGCCUUCUCUUUGGAACAGCAAAUCCAGCAACAAGGCUUCAACAUUGGUGCCGCAACUAUGGACCAUGCCAUAGGGUGAGCAUCAGAAGAGGCUGCUGGCUUAAGUCAGUGCAUCUAGUCACACCUAGUCCAGCAUCCUGUUCACACAGUUGCCAACCAUGCCUCUUUUGGGAAACCUGUAAGCACAAGAGCUCUCUCCCUUCCUGCAGAUCCUGGCAACUGAUCUUCAGAAACAUUACUUCCUCCAGCUGUGGAAAACAGAGCCAUAGCCAUCCUGUCCCGUAGGCGAUGGAAGCCCCAUUCUCCAUGAAUUUAUCCAAUCCUCUUUCAAAGCCAUACAAGUUGGUAGCCAUCACUGCUUACAGUGGGAGGGUGUUUAACUAUGCUAGGUGUGAAGAAGCUGGUCCUUCUUGUCUGUCCUGAAUCUUCCGACAUUCAGCUUCACUGGAUGUCUACCAGCUCUAGCGGGGAGGAGCGGGUGGCACUGUGGUCUAAACCACUGAGCCUCUUGGGCUUGCCGAUCGGAAGGUCGGCGGUUCGAAUCCCUGCGAUGGGGUGAGCUCCCGUUGCUCCUGCCAACCUAGCAGCUCAAAAGCACACCAGUGCAAGUAGAUAAAAAGGUACCGCUGCGGCAGGAAGGUAGACAGCAUUUCUGUGCGCUCUGGUUUCCAUCACUGUGUUCCGUUGCACCAGAAGUGGUUUAGUCCUGCUGGCCACGUGACCCAGAAAGCUGUCUGUGGACAAACGCCAGCUCCCUUGGCCUGAAAGCGAGAUGAGUGCUGCAACCCCAUAGUCACCUUUGACUGGACUUAACCAUCCAUGGGUCCUUUACCUUUUACCAGUUCUAGCAUUGUGGAAAAUUUUCGCUCUCCACUUUCUCCAUCGUUUUCUAAACUUCUAUCAUGUCGUCUCGUACUUGGCUUUUCUCUAAAUUAAAAAGUCCCAAAUGCUGAAACUGUUCUUCAUUGGAAGUUAAGGCACAAAACCAAAAGAGUUAAAAGGAUUGUGGAUGCCUACUGCUGUAUAAAUAUUAAAAACAAUGGAAAUUUAAUAUUAUGAAAACUAUAGGUUUACAUUAUUUAUUAAAUUUAUCAGUUGCUCCCCCCCUUUUUUUUUUACAAAAGCAACUUACAAUACAUAUAGAAACAAGCACAUACAUUAAAACCGGUAUAGAACAAAGCAUAGAAAAAUCUAAAAAGACAUUCUUGUUUUUUCAAGGCAGGAUUAAAACAUUCCACCCACUGAAGAAGGUUGCAGAAAAAUUAAAAACCAAAGCUCUGGCAGAAAGGGAAUGUUUUCACCUGGCACUUGUAAUGAUGGCACCAGGCAAGCCUCCCUGUGGGGAGCAUUCCACAAGUGGGGAGCCACCACUCAAAAGGCCCUUCCUUGUGUUGCCGCCCACCGGACCUCCCAUAGAGGAGGCAGAUGAAGAAUGGCCUCAAAUGAUGAACACAAUGUCCAGGCCAGUUUGUAUGGGGGGAGGUUGUCCUUAACGUAUUGGGGUCCUGAGCCACGUAAGGUUUUAUAGGUCAAAAUCAGCAGUUUGAAUUCGGCCUGGAAGCUAAUUGGCAACCAGAGCAGUUGGGCCAGAAUUGGUGUGAUGUGCUCGAGAGUCCAUCUUGCCCCAGUGACCAACCUGGCUGCCGAAUUCUGCACCGGUUUCCGAACUAUCUUCAAGCGCAGCCCCACAUAUAAUGCAUUGCAGUAAUCUAACCAAAAAUGGUUACCAGAGCCAUAGACAACAGAAAUAAAUAUUUCGGAGGAAACUAAAAACAUCAGCCUGAUGAAAAAAUAUAUAUUUACAGGAAACUUAAGUAUCUUAUCCAAAGAAUUUUUGUGAACAUAUGGCAAGUCUGGAGAUAUCUAUGUCGAUAAGGAGGCAGGAAGCUCCCUUACAUUGAGUCACGCCAUUGGUCCAUCUAGCCAAGUAUUGUUGACACUGGUUGGCAGCAGCUUUCCAGAGUUUCAGGUGUCUCUCCCAGCCUUACCUGGAGAUGCCAGGAUUUGAACCCGGGACCUUCUGCAUGCAAAGCGGAUGUACUGCUAUCCUGCCCCCACCACCCGCCCUUGCCCUUCUUCUCUAACUUUAAGGAAACAAGGGCUGAGACCUCCUCUGACUAGCGCGGGCCCAGGAGGCAGGCCAGUGAAAACGGGGAUCUGUGGGGAGAAACGCUGUGGCUGGGAGGGGGGGUGGCGCUGGUUGGAAGCGAGAGGCCCGCAGGAAGCAGCGCGGCGCUUUUGCAGCCGCUCUUGGCAUGAUUUAUUUGGCAACGAGUCACCCAGAACCAGAUGUCUGAGUGCUGAGCAGCUACAGGAAACUCUGCAUCCCUUGGGGGGCUCACUCUGCACAGAAGCCGCCCUGUUUGGGGUCUCCUUGGCCCAGGGGCUGUUCAGGCAGGCAGGUCCCAGUCUCGUUUGCAAAGCGUUAUGCGGCAGGGGAAGGCUCAGCGGCCAUGUUAUUGUGCGAGUGCGCGGCGAUUUGUUCUCCCAGCAUCUUCAUUCUCACUCUAAAGUGGCUGCCGGGAGUUUUCCAUUAAAUUUAUUUGUUUGUUUUUUCCCCCAAAUUAAAAUUCCACAGAGAUAUAAUCAAACGUAAAUCAUAAAAACAAGAUUCCAAGCAAUCUCCUGAACUUCCAUCCUCCCCUUUGUGGGUCCUAUUAUUAAUAAUUUCCUCCUGCAUCUUGUAUGAUGAUCCAAGUCUUUUACAUCACCAUUGUGUCCAGAAUUCGGCCUUAAACUACAAGUGAUAUCCCAAUCCUACUAACAAUUUUAACUGUUUACGAUGGUUUUUAAGAUAAAUUAUAAAUUUCCCCCAUUCCUUAUUAAAGUUUUGAUCUUCCUGAUUUCUGAUUCUUCCGGUCAUUUUAGCCAUUUCGGCAGAAUCCAUCAUUAUGCCAGCUGCUGAGAGUUUUCCUUCCUCUCUUAUAAUGCCAGAACCAUACAGGACCCAUCCAAUGAAGAUAAACACUGGACGAUUCAGGACAGAUGAAAAAAAAGUGUGUUGUUGUUUUUCUUCACAAAGCACAGAGUUAAACUAUGGCGUUUGCUCACACAAGAAGCAGGGAUGGCCACCAGUUUGGAUGGCUUUAGAAGAGGGCUAGAAAAAUUCAGAGGAAAAGCCUAUCCAUGACGGCUGUGCUCUGUCUACACUGUUGCAGGCAGUGUGCCUCUGCAUAUCAGUUAGGAACAUAAGGAGAGCCUACUGGAUCAGGCCAAUGGCCUAUCUAGCCCAGCAUCCUGUUCUCACAGUGGCCAACCAGAUGUCUCAAUGGGAAACCCAAAAUCAGGACUGGAGCGCAAUAUGUUGUUUAUGUUUCGUCGUUUCUGACUCUUCAUGACCCCAUGGACCAGAGCACGCCAGGCACUUCUGUCUUCCACUGCCUCCCGCAGUUUGGUCAAACUCAUGCUGGUAGCUUCAAGAGCACUGUCCAGCCAUCUCGUCCUCUGUCGUCCCCUUCUCCUUGUGCCCUCCAUCUUUCCCAACAUCAGGGUCUUUUCCAGGGAGUCUUCUUUUCUCAUGAGGUGGCCCAAGUAUUGGAGCCUCAGCUUCAGGAUCUGUCCUUCCAGUGAGCACUCAGGGCUGAUUUCCUUAAGAAUGGAUCGGUUUGAUCUUCUUGCAGUCCAUGGGACUCUCAAGAGUCUCCUCCAGCACCAGAAUUCAAAAGCAUCAAUUCUUCGGCAAUCAGCCUUUAUGGUCCAGCUCUCACUUCCAUACAUCACUACUGGGAAACCCAUAGCUUAACUAUAAGGGCCUUUGUUGGCAAGGUGAUGUCUCUGCUUUUUAAGAUGCUGUCUAGGUUUGUCAUUGCUUUUCUCCCAAGCAGCAGGCGUCUUUUAAUUUCGUGACUACUGUCACCAUCUGUAGUGAUCAUGGAGCCAAAGAAGAUAAAAUCUCUCACUGCCUCCAUUUCUUCCCCUUCUAUUUGCCAGGAGGUGAUGGGCCCAAUGGCCAUGAUCUUAGUUUUUUUGAUGUUGAGAUUCAGGAGCGCAAUAUAUCCUGCUCUAUAGUUUCCAGCAACUGGGAUUCAGAAGCAUUGCUGCCCCUGACCUCACAUCCCCUUCAGCCCAAUUUUCUUAUCUCUUGUGGAUAAGCUUCAGUGCCUUGUGUGCACCCUCUCAUUUCCUAGGACAGCCAAAUUCAGCAGGCGGCAUAAACCCUCCUGAGGCAGUCCUUAGCCAGAAAGGGAGAGGGCACCCUCUGCUGUUAGAAUAAAUUAAAAGUUUCUCUUUUCUUUCUGAGGACUUCUGGGUCUCUCUUAAUCAUCUUGAGUUUAGGAUGAUGGUUCCUCCUCGAAGCCAGCCUGCUUAUUCAAACAUUCAACCUGAUUUGGUCGCACGAAGCUUUUGUGGAGGUUAGCCCAAUUCCUGGUCUUCACUGAGCAUUCAUUCUGAUUGUGUGGGGGGAGGUUAAUGAAAAUACUCUUGGUAAAAAUCCAGAAUCAUUAUUAUUCCAAGAAAAUACCGAGCAGUGCAAUCUAAAAAUUAACACAGAUAUCGUACCGUAUUUUUCGCUCCAUAAGACGCACCUGACCAUAAUACGCACCUAGUUUUUAGAGGGGGAAUGCAAGAAAAAAAAUAUUCUUUGAAGGGAGCGCUGAGCAGAGCCUGGAUGCAUCCCAGGCUCUUUAAAGGGAGCGCGGCUCUUGGGGGCUUUUGCGGGAGGUGGGGGAAGGGACAGAGCGCGGCUAAGCCAGAACAGCGAGAGGGAGCGCAGUGAUCCCUCUCACUGUUCUGGUUUCUGGGUUAGCUGCGCAGCCUCUUCAGGGCAGCGGGAUGAAGGCUCCCUGCUGCCCUGAAGAGGCUGCGCCUGGCUAAGCCAGAAGCUAGAACAACGAGAGGGAGUGCUGCACAGCAAUUCCUCUUGCUGUUCUGGCUUCUGGGAUAGCUGCACAGCCUGCAUUCGUUCCAUAAGACGCACACACAUUUCCCCUUACUUUUUAGGAGAGGAAAAGUGCGUCUUAUAGAGCAAAAAAUACGGUAAAUGCUGUCAAUGAAACUCCUAUCAAAGUACUAAUAUAAAAUACCAAGAAGUACAAUAUUAAGAAUUAACAAUCAGGGACUGCAACUCCCAUCAGCAGCUGAAAUGAGAGGUUGCUAUUUAUGGGUGCAUACGCCGACCCCACCCCCCUUUUGCUUCUGGCUGAGUAAGUUCUGCAGGUUUUGUGUAUUAUUCCAAAAACAUUAACUGCAGGUUGCAGUGGGUCAAAAGAGACGGAUGUGCAUGUCUCCACGCCGUGAGAAACAGCACCACUCCCUUAAACCACUUUCAACUCUCUUGGAAGCCAGUGUCUGCGAGGUCCAGAUAGAUGCUUAUCUAUGGCCUGUAAUUCUUGCCUCUGCCUCUGGGUGAGCAUGAUGCGAAUGAGUUCUCUCCUUUUGGGGCUCUUCAUCCAUCCCAAAUGCCUUGCACUGGUACAAAAGGGAGGGGGAACCACCCAAGAAGUGUUGCAGGAGUUUGUGAUAUAUUCUAGGUUCCCUCCCUUUCUUGGGGUUUUAAAGAGAUGUUCUUAGAAUGCAUGGAAGGAAGGAAAUCCAAUGUGGCUACUUUGCCAAUACUGAAUGUAAACUUCUGGUUGGAAGAGGUGCAAAAAGCAGCAACCAAAUGAGAGAUGAAACACCUUUGAAGGAUACAGUGUUUGCGGGCAGCAUCAACCUGAAGGCACCAUAGGCCAUUUUUCCUCAACCUGAUGGCCUUCAGAUGUUUUGGUCCACAGCUGCCAUCAUCUCUGCCCAGCAGAGGGUAUGAGGCCUCAUCAGCAUAUAACACCUGUGCUCAGAGAUAUGCAUUGGUUUCCAACUUGCUACCUGGGCAAGUUCAAGGUGUUAAUAUUAGUAUAUACAGCCCUUAACAACUUGGAACCAGUUUACCUGUGAGGUUGCUUUCCCCCAUAUAGGCCCACUCGACUGUUUCGAUCUGUGGAACUGUGGUUGUCACAGGUGCCAGAUAAUACCCGUUCCACAUCUGUAAUAAAUAUUUUUGGCUGCUUUAAAUAUUUUUUAUUGAUUUUUUUUUGUUCUUUGUUAACUGCUUUGAGAUUUUGUUUUUUAUUUUGCAAUCAAGCAGUAUAUACAUUGUGUGUGUGUGUGUACACUGCUUCAUUGUAAAACAAAAACAGAAUCUCAAAGCAAUUAAAAAGCAAAAAAAAUCAGUAAUACACACACACACACACACACACACACACACACAAAAUAAGGGCUAUGGGUUCCCCACCGUUGUUCUAGCCUGAUGAAGAAUUGUGGAAAACUGAAAAGCUUGCACACUAAUUUUUGGUGAGAUUUCAGUUGGCCUAAUAAUCAAGGGAAUCUGGUCUCUCGGGUGUGGAUUUCGUUUCCUUCUGAGCCAACAUGGCUACUUUCCCCCCUCUUGUUCUUCUUUUCAUUGCUUUUUUCCAGUGCUGGAUUUACGUAUAAGCUAAACAAUCUAUAGCUUAGGGCCCCACUCUCUUGCCCCCCCCCCCCAAUUAAAGGAAAUAAAACUGAUGUACAUUUCCAAAAUAUAAGAUUAAAAAACAAAUAAAAUAAAACCUACGUACAGCAACAGUGUUUUGUGUUGUGUAGGCUCCUAUUUGUUAUAUGCAAAUGGCUUUAGAUACCUAUUAGGUCCAUAAAUUACCAUAUGUUCAGCACAAAAACAGCAACAAUUUGUUGUUGACAAAGGACAGCUGGACAUAUAAAGGGCCCCAUUACCGCCAGUAGCUUAGGGCCUCAUCAAACCUAAAUCCAGCCCUGCUUUUUUCAGAUGCAGACCAAGAACCUCUUUCUCAACCUUUUCUCUGUGUUGCAGUGGCUCAUCAUGACCUGGAGAAUACCAUGAACUGCAGCUUCAUUGAGCCCCCAUCAGUGGUGGAGCAGCCGUCGCCUUCGUGGUCCUCCCGGGGCUCCUUCUCAUCCUUCGACACUACGGAUGAGGGCCCCGUGUACUGCGUGCCACACGAAGGUGAGCAGGGCAGAAAGGCAGCGCUCUGGGGAACCCCAGUACAAUGGCAGUCCAGACUUUUGAGCCUCAACGGGCGCAUCUGCCAUAAAAAAUUGCCACCUUCUUACAGCAUCCCCUGCUGCCAUGGCUUCUUCCAAAGUAAAAAACUUAGUUGAACUUAAUUUAUUGCAUUUAUAUCCCACCAUUCCUCUCCAAGGAGUUGAAGGUGGCACACACUGUACUUCUUCCCCUUCUCAUUUAAGCUCCACAACAACCCUGUGAGGUAGGUUAGGCUGAGAGGUCGCACCCAGUGGGAAUUUGAACUCUGGUCUCCCAGGUCCUAGUCUGACACUCAAACCACUACAUCACCCUAGAUCUUUAGGCCAGGACAAUUUAUUAUCAUUAUUUUUAUUAUUUUUAUUAUUUUUAUUAUUUUUAUUAUUAUUAUUAUUAUUAUUAUUAUUAUUAUUUUACCCCACCCAUCUGGCUGGGUUUCCCCAGCCACUCUGGGCAGCUUACAACACAUAAAAAAAUGUAAAACAGUAGACAUUAAAUACUUCCUGAUACAGGGCUGCCUUCAGAUGUAUUUUAAAAGUUAUUUAUCUCCUUGAUAUUUGAUGGGAGAGUGUUCCACAAGGAGGGCACUACUAGCAAGAAGGCCCCCUGCUUGGUUCCCUGUAACCUCACUUCUCGCAGUGAGGGAACCACCAGAAGGCCCUUGGAGCUGGACCCCGGUCUCUGGGCUGAACGAUUGGGGUGGAGACGCUCCUUCAGGUAUACUGGGCCGAAGCCAUUUAAGACUUUAAAGCUCAGCACCAACACUUUGAAUUGUGCUUGGAAACGUACUGGGAGCCAAUGUAGGUCUUUCAGGACCAGUGUUAUAUGGUCUCAGUGGCCACUCCCGGUCACCAGUCUAGCUGCCGCAUUCUGGAUUAGUUGUGGUUUCCAAGUCACCUUCAAAGGCAGCCCCACAUAGAGCGCAUUGCAGUAGUCUAAGCGGGAGAUAACCGGAGCAUAACUAUAUCUGGUUUUCCUUGUGUGUGUUGAGGUGAUGAGUCAAGUGACACACUGAACAUUUGUAAUGUAGAAAAAAUAUUUUGAGCCGUAGCUAAUAAUGUCAUAUUCAGAGUUGACCCAUUUAAAUUAAUGAAUACGGCUGCUUUGGGGAGGAGGGAUGUAGCUCAGUGGUACAGCAUCUGCUUUGCAUGCAGAAAGGCCUAGGUUCAGUCCUCAGUGGCUGAUCGAGGGAGGGCUGGGAGAGAACCCUGUCUAAAACCCGGGCAGCUGCUGCCAGUCAGUGCAGACAAUGCUGCACUAGAUGGGCCAAUGGUCUGACUCAGUAUAAGACUUAGUAUUGGGAAGGGUUCACUUGUAGAGCUUCUGCUUUGCUUGCACGGGGUCUCUGGUUCAAUCCCUAAUGGCUGGUGGAGACCCCACCUGAAAUCUUGCAAAGAAGCUGCGAGUCAGUGUAGACAAUACUGAACUUGAUGGGCCCAAUUGUCUGCUUCCUACAUUCCUACCUUAAGUCAGAGACUCAUACAAUUGUAAAGUUGCAAGGGGCCACGAAGACCAUCCAGCCCAACCCCUUCCAAUUCAUGAAUUAUUUCCCCCAAAAUGGGUCUCAAACCCACAACCCUGAGAUUAAGACUCUCAUACUGUACCUAAGGAAUUAUCCCAUUCAUUGCAAUGAAUAUUUUCUGAAGAUGACGUCAGCAGACCCUGAUGUCAUCUCUAAGCUUUCAUCUGCGGCACUGAGGACUAGAACCCUUAAAAAAGAGAGCUGGGGUUGUCUGGAACUGGGAUGGGUGCAUCAGUGCUUACAAUGCUUGAAGUCCACAUUCCCAUCUUGCAGCCUAACCAUAGCCAGGAGGUUAAAUUGCUAUACCAGCCGCGGAGCUCCUUUCUUUUCCCUCUUCCUUUAAUUUUGGCAAUCGUUACAGAGCAAAGGAAUUUGGCCUGAGCCCAGCUCCACCGCAACCCUUCUGCAGCAAAUAGCAGGCCUUCGUGAAAUAGCCCUGUAAUGACUAAAGAAUUCUAAGGCCACACAUGCGUGACUCCAAAAGAGAGGGAGAAAAAAGAAAACAGAAAACCAUAAUUGCCAGGCAGAGAGUUUCCCACCAGUGGAAAUUAACUCCUGGGAUCCCAGUCCUUUAUUUCCACAGGUAGAAAAAAACCAAUGAGGCACCCAACUCCCCCAUUGGACUCCCACCAGCCCCAGCCAAAGAAUGGGGCUACUAGAUUAGGCCAAAGGCUCAUAUUUAGUCCAGCAUCCUGUUCUCACUGUGGCUGACCAGAUGCCUCUCCUAAAAAGCCCAAAAGCAGGACCUGAGCUCUAUGGCUGAUGGGAGUUGUAGUCCAAAACAGCAGAAGUGCCACUGGUUUGAGAGAGGCUGCCUUAACACAUCUUACAAAAUGGGGGGGAUGGAUCAAGUGCCCCCCCUUCAAGCAGAAGGUGGGGAGGAGCUUGCACUCUCCAUAAUUCAUUCAUAACUUCAUUUAUGCCAGGGAUGGGAAACCCAUGACCUCCAGAUGUGGUUGAACUCCAGUUCCCAUCAUCCCCAAUCAGCAUAGUCAGGGGUAUGAUGUAUCAUUUAUUAUGUGCCCUUACCCCGAGGGCCCAGGAUGAGCCACAGCUAUUUAAAAUAAAAGAUUAAUAAUAGUUUUAAGUCAUCAGAAUAAGUUCAGUCCUGAAAAUAUACGUCUCAAGUGCCAAAGGUCAGGAUAAAGAGGUGCAUCUUCAGCACUCAACAAAAACUGUACAGUGAACGUGGCAGCUGCACCUCUGUGGGAUGAGAGUUUCACAACUUAGGGGUUGCCCCAGAGAAAAACCUCUCCCAAACUGCAGAUAGCCGCAAGCUUCUGAGGUUAUUGGAACUACCAAGAGGGCCCCCUCUGCUGAAACGACUGAGAGGCUCUGUCCGGAAGGAGUUUGCCUUUCAGAUAUUUGGGGCCUAAGUUUGUUCUGGGCUUUAAACACCAGCAUGCGCACCAUAAAUUGGACCUGGAAACAAACUUGGCAACCAGUGCAGCUGUUUAGAAACAGGGGUUAUAUGAGAUCUAAAUAGAAACCCAGCCAGGAACUCGGCUACUAUGUUUUCAACCAGCUGAAAUCGUCUUUGAGAGCAGCCCCACCUAAAGCACAUUGCAGCAAUCCCAUCUGUAGUCCCAUGUCACAGGUGCACCCCAGACACAGCAGAUAGUUAACUACCACCUCCUGAUGGACUGCAUGCAUGCAGCUGGAGACUAUGCCUGCGUGGAAACUGCCUCUGCUCUUCCCUCCUCAAUCCCUUCCUGGUUCUGGGAGACAGGGGUGCAGGAGAGGGUGAGGAAGCACCUGGCUCUUCACUUGCCAGCCCUGCAACUUCCUCCUCUUCCUCCAGCUCUGAAUCUCCCCUUGUCUCUGAUUCUUGCCCGCUGGCUGAUACAGAUCCCCACAAAUCACUGCCCCCUCUCUCCUGAGACAGACUCCAGACCCCCUUUCCUCAAUGCACACUUGUCAGUCCCUAGCAUCCCAACAACACCUGGAGAGCCACAAGAGUCCUCCAUCCUUGUGGGAUAUUUAAAACAUGGCUCCACACUGACCCCUAAUGACCCCCGCCUGCUUUCCCUCUGCAGAGAGUGUGGGCGACAGCAAGGACAGAGUUUCCGCUCCCUGCAACCCAGUGGAGAAGGUGGCACCACCCAUCAGUGAGGAGGAAGCCGGAGAGUACACCGUCUUGAAAGAGAGCCCCUCCAUCCCAGCGGACAGCAGCGAGACGCCCUUGCUCAAAUCCUCUGACAGCGAGCGCUCCUCUUCCGGGUCUGGCUCGGUCAGCGGGGCCCUCUACGCCCGGAUCGCUCGCCUCUCCAAGCAGUCCAGAGACGAGGAUGACAACGCAAGUGCCGCCAAGCCCCCGUCGCCGGAGAGAGCCAAGCCCCCUCCGCCAGACCCCUCGACAAAGCCCAAAGUCUCUUGGAUCCACAGCAAGUACAGCUCCAACCAGUCCAACUCCCUGCCCGCCAUCGGGAUGGCUGACCUGACGGAGCACAAACAGGGCUUGGCGAAGAGAAAGAGGAGCCCCAGCGAGACGUCGGCCGGGGUCCAUGGCAAGGUGCCUGCCGCCAGGGGCAAAGAGAAAGCCCCGAAGCACCCGAGGGAGCUGAGCUCCCCUGAAGGCAAGGCCCUCUCCCUGUCCGGGGAGCAGCUGUCCCCGUCCAAGCUCAAGCAGAGGCACAAGGCCAGCGCGGAGCAGAUGGAGAACAUCAACGGAGCUGUCCAGAACGUGAUCAAGAAGAUGGGCAGUUACCCUCCGGACCGGAAAGGGAGCGAUGCCCCCAAAAGCCCCAGUCACAGCAAACUACGCUCCGAAGUCAUUCACCCCCACCUGUCUUCAGAGGCAGCCACGCUGCUGGCGGCACAGCUGAAGGAAAAGACUCAGAGCCUAAACCGGGGUGAUGGGGGCACACGGCAGAACGGGGUAAGCCCCCUGCCGGCCCAGAGGGAGAAGCCCACCCCGCCGCAGAAGGCCAAGCGCUCCGUGGCCGCCGGCAGCCAGAAAUCCAGCAAGCCCGUGCUGCCGACCUCCCCGAACUUGCAGAAACUGAUCAGCCCCGUGGCGGAGGCGCCAGCCGGCGAGCCCAGAAAGGCGGAAAAGCCCAGCUCCGGUGGCAGCCAAGAGCCAACGACGCCUGUGGCCGGGGACCAGGUGGUCAAGAAAACGCCCAUCAAAAAGCCCCCCAGGAAGAAGAGCAGAGAAGCCGCCAUGGAGCAGCAGCCCAAAGCGGCCACCACGUCACCUCAAACCGUGCAGUAGAAGGUGGCCAUGUUACUAAGAGAGGACUGCACACACACACACACACAAACAAAGGAAGUGAGGAUUGGGGGUUGCGGGGGAAGCACAGAACUUGUCUCGGGGGAAGCCAGGAGACUGGCAAAGACUCUUUUGAGUGUGCUCCCCCCACUGAGACGCGGACCCUAUUGACAACAGAGGCCUUCUCCCUCACCCCCCACCGACAGCAGAACCAAAGCACUUCUGAUUUUGUUCCCCCCUUUGUGGAGCGGGAAAGGGAUUUUGUGGACCAAGCGCUGGGCGCCUGGG